AUGCAUGGAAUUUUGGGGAUGAAACCAUAUUCUUUUAUGACCAUGAGGCUUACACACACCUGGUUGUUCCUGACUGCGAUCCUUCUCUGCGGCAAACAACAUCUGGGGACCAAGCUAGGGAAUUCUUCUCAUGAGAGCCACCUGUGUUCCGAAUGCUCCCGUCUUACACUGAAAGUGGAAUUCUCUUCGACGGUAGUGGAACAUGGUAAUGAGACUUAACAUUUAUGCCAGUUUUAAUUGUAGUCCUUGGGAAAUGCCAAAAUUAUUUUUCUUCGGUUUUUUUUAAUAAAAACAAUAGUUCAGGGGAAGGAUGGCUGUCUGGACAGGCCCUCCUAUCUUCUGUGAAUUUACCCAACCCCAAUCCCUCUGCUCAAAUUCGGUGUUAUGUGCCAUGAUCUGUGCUACGUCACCACAGGCUAAAUUGAAACCAGGGGUCUUCCUUUUGAGAACCUCAUUACUAAAUCCUAGUUAUUGUCAUGCCUUGGUAUUAUACUUGGUUAUGCAAGCUGGGAUAUUUUAGCUUGUUUUUGUAAAGUGGGACAAAGGGUUAUAACACAGCUUUCUCUGCAAAUGCCAUGCUUGCAACUGCUGAUUCAGAUGUCUUUUAUAAUGUGUGGUGGUCUCUUUGCAGAGUAUAUUGUGGCUUUCAAUGGUUACUUCUCAGCCCAAGCAAGAAGCAAAUUUAUUUCAAGAGCUCUGAAAAGCAGUGACAUAGAGAACUGGAGGAUUGUACCCCGUAACAACCCAGCCAGUGACUACCCCAGUGAUUUUGAGGUGAUCCAAAUCAACGAGAAACAGAGAGAUGGAGUGCAGACACUUGAAGAUCAUCCCAAUAUCAAACGAGUUACCCCCCAAAGAAAAGUAUUUCGCUCGCUCAAGUACACUGAAAGUAAGUAGGCUCAGUCAUUCUUCCAGUGCAGUGGCAGGAGAUCAUUGUAUAUACUUAAAUCUCCUUAUUAUUCUGCUGCUUCGACAAUGUGAUUAGUUUUUUAAACAUUUCAACUCUCCAAUAUCUAGCUGAUCCAGCAUUUCCCUGCAAUGAAACCAGAUGGACACAGAAAUGGCAGUCGUCUCGUCCUCUGAGAAGGGCAAGUUUGUCGUUGGGUUCUGGAUUUUGGCACGCAACAGGCAGGCACUCAAGUAGGCGUUUGCUGAGAGCCAUACCCCGACAAGUCGCUCAAACGCUUCAGGCGGACGUUCUCUGGCAAAUGGGUUUUACAGGUAUUCUUAGAUUCAUGGAAACUUGUACCCUUGAUCACAGAAAGAAUAAGGCUGCUCACUUGAGAACAUCAGUGUGCAGCUCAUUUUUCUGACAUGGUCCUUUUGUUGUGGGAAUGACUAGCAAGUACAUUCCUAUGAGCAGAAAAUAUACCCUUGCAAGUAGUCUUCCAGAGGAUCUGUAUCCCUUAAUAAGUUAGCACAUUCAUACCCCUGACUUGAACUGGUCCAGUAGUCAUUGCCUCUUUCCAGGGAGCCCUAGGAACUGCAGCUCUCAGAAGGCCAAGGUUAGGGGUUUGAAGCAUCCUCCCCAAAUUGCAGUUGUGAAAUAAUAUCUUUUGUGUUAUUUCUCAUUAGCCAACUUGAAUUCCUUGGAAAGCAGAUGAUAUGGAAGUUUUAAAAAUAAUAAAUACAUUCUUUGUGGAAACCAUGAUAAUAUAAAAUGGAUAUAAGCUUUUUAAUGUAUGUCUAGAUCCCUGUAGGCUAGUUCUUGUGACCUUUCCUUUGGGAAUAUUUUUAUCUUUGACAAAGCUAAUUAUUCAAGCUGUAAUACAUACCUCAGAAAGCAAAGUCAAAAUAGUGCAUAAGAUUGUAUUUGCCAUUGCAUCACAUUUGAGUGGCUUCUCUGCAUAAAUAUUGAUAAUCUUUUCCAGAAUGCUAAUACUCAAGUGGGUGGGGGAAAGGAUAUUUUUUAUUUUUACAAUGUAAAGCGAUAAAAACCCUUUAAAUUUGGCCCUGCUGAAGUGUUCUUAGUACAUUAUUUAGGCUCAAUGAGAAUAUGUAGCAAGCUUUGUAUGACUUGCUAGCUGUUAGGAAGAGAAAACAUUUUACUAAGCAUUGGAUAAGAUUUAUGGACCUCUUAGUAUCCAUUUGCAUUCAGGAAUAUGUUCUUUAGAUUACAAAAGAAACGUCUCUUGCUCAUCUGUAAUUUUAUAAAUCUUUAUAAAUCUGCUUCUGUGUAAAUAGGUGCUGGUGUAAAAGUGGCUGUCUUUGACACUGGACUUAGCGAGAAACAUCCUCACUUCAAAAAUGUAAAAGAGAGAACAAACUGGACUAAUGAGAGAACCUUGGAUGAUGGUGAAUUUCAUUAUUUCAUUACUAGGGUUUGUUUCACACAAAAUGAAUUGUCAUUUGUGUGCUACAGUGCUAUAUAGGUAAGGCUAGAAUGCAAUGUCCCUUAACGUCAGGGAGGGAGAACCUCCAGAUGUUGUUGGACUACAAUUCCCAAGAGCACAACCCAGUGCUCCAACAAACAUGGCGGACCACAUGUUUCUCACUCCUACUUUAGGGCUCUCGGGGUUCCUUCAGUGCAGCUUGUGAUUAGUACUGGUGUUUUUAAUUCGAUUCUGCAUUGUUACUUUUAUUUUGCUAUACAAGUGGUUUCUGAAGACAGGUCUGUGUGUCUGUACAUUUAUUAAACAUUUAUUUGUAAAACCCUAAGUCAUUUUCCCCCCAUCAAAGUGGGCCUUGGAGGCAUGUGAUCUAGUACAUUAUUAUAAUUCAAGAAACAUUUAAACCCGACCAUUACAAAUGCAGCACAUGGUAAAAAUUGUGAAUUUACUCCAGCUCAACAUCACUUCAUGUGGCACGUGCACCUCUGUCCUCUGCCAGUACUUCUGCAACUUUCCCUUAAUGUCGGUUGAAUUAAGUCCCAAGUGCAUCUAGGAGCAUGAUAUAAAUGUUUACUUGGAGGUGCCAUUUAAACAUGCCAUUUCUAAAUCAGCAACCCAGAUCUAGAGGCUGUUUUGUACAUGUGGGGGCAUGUACAUAUGUACAUAUCAUUCCUGUGCAUAAAAUGGCUCACAGCCAUAUUGGGGAGUGUUCUGCAAACUCAUCCCCAUUACAGGAAUCAGAGUGCUUAUGAAACCAUGGAUUGGGAUCACAAUAUUCUAGACGGGUUAAUCUUAUUGUAUACAGAAAGGGUUUCCUUGUCACAUUUAAAAUUGUACAGCUGGUCAUUGCAUAUUUAUUAUUCAUUGUGGCAUCCGUGUAUGAAGUGCUUUACAGGGCAACAUGAGAAGCAUCCCUUCUCUGAGGAACUUUAUAAUCUAACUACAGUGGUGCCUCGCAAGACGAAAAGAAUCCGUUCCGCGAGUCUCUUCGUCUUGCGGUUUUUUCGUCUUGCGAAGCAAGCCCAUUAGCGGUUUAGCGGAUUAGCGCUAUUAGCGGCUUAGCGGGCUUAGCGGAUCAGCUGAUAAGUGGCUUAGUGGCUUAACGGAUCAGCUGUUAAGCGGCUUAGCGGAUCAGCUGAUAAGUGGCUUAGCGAUCAGCUGUUAAGCGGCUUAGCGGAUCAGCUGAUAAGCGGCUUAGCGGAUCAGCUGAUAAGCGGCUUAGCGGCUUGGGAAAAAGGGGGGGAGGGGAAAAACCCCCGCAGGAACUCGCAAGACAUUUUCGUCUUGCGAAGCAAGCCCAUAGGAAAUUCGUUUUGCGAAGCACCUCCAAAACGGAAAACCCUUUUGUCUAGCGGGUUUUCCGUCUUGCGAGGCAUUCGUCUUGCGGGGCACCACUGUAUAAGGGAGGAGAGACUGCAAAAGCACAUAAGAAGAAGCCUGCUGGAUCAGGCCAAAGCCCCAUCUAAUCCAACAUCCUAUUCUCCCAAAGGCCAACUGCUAAUAGGACCUGAGUACAAUGGCACUCACUUGUGAUUCUCAGCAACGUAUUCAGGGGCAUACUGUCUCCUGACAGCAAGGUAGAACAUACCCAUCCUGUCUAGUAACCACUGAAUUUGUGGUUUUCCUCCAUGAAUUUCCUCCAUGAAUUUGUCCAGUCUUUUGAAGAAGGAGAGGCUGUGUUAAAAAGGAAUCGCUGAGGAAAUGCAGCUGAAAUAUCUGUAAAAGCGAUGUAGUGUUUUGAGCUUUAUUUUAAAGCAUUGUUUAUGUUCAACAGGUCUGGGUCAUGGGACUUUUGUAGCGGGUGUGAUUGCUAGCAUGAGAGAAUGCCAGGGAUUUGCUCCAGACUCAGAACUGCACAUAUUUAGAGUCUUCACUAACAACCAGGUAUGCUGCCUCAGAUAACAUCAAUGCAAGUUUUAUAAGAUAAGAUGCUACAUUAUGCAUGCUGUUCAGUUUGGUAACUACUGAAGACUUUCAAUCUAGAGCAUUCAGAUUAACAUAUUUUGAAAUCGCCUACAGCAAUUCUCAGAUAAGGUUUUGUUUUUAUUAUGAAAUUGUAACUUGAGUUGUGUUUUAAAAACAAAAUUGUGGCUUUAUAAAGUAAUAAUUGAGAAUGCUAAGAGAGAUGUGACAUUUUUGGGGUUGUGAAGUGUGUGGGGGAUGGAACUCUGUUGUUAAAAAUGUUUUUGUUUCUUACAGUGCUUGGUGUUUUAAACGAGUUUCCCUCCUAAAUAGGUCUCGUACACAUCUUGGUUUCUGGAUGCCUUUAACUAUGCGAUCUUGAAGAAGAUAGAUGUAUUAAACCUUAGCAUUGGAGGUCCCGACUUCAUGGAUCAUCCCUUUGUUGACAAGGUACGUGUGAAGUGGAGGAAAGGCCGGGGUAGCAUCCGAUUGUGGCUUUUGUAAAUUUAUCCUGCACCUUUGAAGCAUUCGGGUUAAUUUUGUAGUGCCUUUACAAGUAUUACUGUACAGUAAUACCUCUGCGAAUGUCCGCCUCGUCUAGCGUCCAUUCCAGUGAACGUCCGCAGCAAACCCAGAAGUGCUGGAACGGGUUACUUCUGGGUUUGCAGCUCGUGCAGAAACACAAACCGCUCCGUGCGCAGACAUGGCACUUUGCCUUGCAUUCUUUUCGGCUAGCGGCCGGGGCUCCGGAACGGAUCCCAGACACAAAACAAGAUACGACUGUAUAAGUGUUGCAAAAUAAUUCCGAGUAGCCCUUCUGCAAAUGGAAGGGCUUCUACUAUUCACAUAAAAAAGCUCCCCCUCCUUUGCUGUCCUAGAGGUUCACCCAAGCCCCUGAAACAGAUUUUGGGUUGGAGGUAGGUUCAGGAGGCUGCUCAGAAAAGAAAAAAAGUGGCAGGAGCAUCCCAUGGGGUCUUAGGAUGUACACUGUUAUCUUUGCAGCCGUGCUUUCUCUAAGGAAUAUUCAAAAUAGGUCGGUGUUCACAUGAUCAAAUGCUCCUCCUCCAACCAACAGAUCUUUCUGCAGUGUCACAGAGAAGUUUCUCCCAUCCAUAUUUCUGUGUGGAAAUACUAGGUUUUUUUUGAAGAAUUACCCACCUUCAGUGGUGCUGCCUAAGUUGAUUAUGUCAGUGAGAACUGUGGCUUAAAGGCUGCUUGAGUUAGCACUAAUAAAUUUAUAUGUGGGCCUCAAUGUGAAAUUGGAACAGCAGGAAUUUAUUUCACAUUUCCUCCAGGCAGCUUGUGUUACAAUAGUGAGAUUUUGGAAAGAUUUAAAUUUGGAAAGGAUGUGGUUAUUGACAGUGCUGUGCUCUUUUACAGCAAUCUGGUAUCCAUUUGUUGAGUUCAUUAAUUCCAACUCAGUAUCAAUUUGUGUAGUUACUUUGAAUUUUAGGUCACAAAAUGGGUCUCUCCCUCUCCCCCCCCUCUCUCUGUAGGGGUGUCCAAGCAGGUACCACCUAGAGUAGUAUGUUACUGAUUGGUUUCUGAGACUCUCAGGGAGGGGGUUAUCCGUUUGUAAUUCUGGGUUGUAAUGAUUAUGAUAUAUCAUCAUCACUUGUUAGUAUGUUUCAGCAAUCUGAAUUUCUUAAUUUUCCAGGUAUGGGAGCUGACAGCCAACAAUGUAAUCAUGGUCUCUGCUAUUGGAAAUGAUGGCCCUUUAUAUGGGUAAGUGCCAAUGAUGUGUUCUUUCAAAGUAACAUCCACAGAUAAAAUAAUACUUUUUCCCUUUAGAAAAAAUGUAAAAAGAUGGUUUUGUUUCUAUGGCAACAGAGCUCAUUCUGAUGACAGGUACUUAGCAAGGCAGGUAAGGUUAACAAAGUGGCGUAACAAACAUUUUAUGAUUGUAUAUUUUAUUGUUGCAACCGAUCCUAGGACCUUUUAGGAAAGGGUAGGUAGGAAAUCUAAUAAAAUAAAUAAUAUAUGUUUUAUAAGACCUUGUCCGACUCCUUGAUUCUAAAUCUUGGUUGAAAUUGCUGCUCAGCUGUGAAGCUCACCAGGUGAUCAAGGCCUGUUCUCUUAUGUCUCUCUCUCAUAAAAUACCUGGGAGGAUUAAGUAAAAGGGUGGGAAACAGAACUAUGUAGAUUUGCCCUCAUCUUCUUGUACAAAGCUGAGAUAGGGCUGUGAUAAAUAACAAUUCAAUACUAAUUUCAGCACACUCAACAAUCCUGCUGACCAGAUGGAUGUGAUUGGAGUAGGCGGCAUUGACUUUGAAGAUAACAUUGCUCGGUUCUCAUCAAGGGGAAUGACCACUUGGGUAAGCAUCUUCAAACAUGAGCAGCUUUUGGAAGCAUGCAAGGCCUACCUGUUCGGUGCAGGGUUAAGACAGGAAAGGCUGUGGGAACUUACUCAAUCUGGAUUGGCGUUUACUUAGCUUUGCUAAUUUUCCAGCCCUGCCUCCUCUUAUUCCUUGACUUGCGUCUUUGGGAUUGCCUAUAAAUUUAAAUAAAGAAAUUCGAAUAAAAAAACAAAAAAUCAGUAUAAUCAGAAAAAUCAGAAUAAUGGUUAGGGCCCAUUAUUCGUAAGUAGGAAAUUGUUCAUAAUUAUUAUGGGAAAGUUUUAUAUUGCAAAGAUGCUGGGAGACACAGUGCAUUGUGACUGAAUAAAUUUACUCAUGAUGAUGUUGCACCAGCAGUAAUGAAUUGAGGGCAUUUAUGGUAAUUUCAGUCCUCUAGUGCCAGAAGAAUUAGAAACCCACUGUUUUUGCAUCUUCAUGUUUUAAUUCAAAAAUAUAAAGUUGUUUAUAAAAAUGUUUGUAUACAUAGACCACAUUGAACAUAAAAAUAAAUUCAACAUGUAGAAUCUUUCUCUGUUAAGUUUUAAAAUCAUCUUGUUGAUGAUGCAUAUGAUACAUUAAUACUACAAUACCAUCUCAAAUCACCCCAAAGUUACCUUUUGAUUCAGGAAGUAGACAGUUUUCCCUGCAACAUUCAAACAAUAGUUUUCAAUUUAAUAAAAAAAUCUUGCUGUUGUCCUUUCUUUUCUGUUUUCUGAUAGCAGCAGCAGUGAGUAUGUGUGGUGGGCAUAUAGUGACAAAUUAACAAGAAGCAUCGGCAAUCAUCUCAGAAUCUGAAAAAUUGUGGCCAGUACUGAGUUUAUAAAAGAACAGCAAGAUUUUUGCCUAUUGUGUUGGAGCAAGCUUUGCCAACCUGAUGACCUCCAGGUGUUUUUAACUGUAGCUGUGCUGGCUGGGGUUGAUGAGAGUUGCUGUGCAAAACAUUUGGAGGAUACCAAGUUGGCAAAAGCUGUAUAAAUAACAGAUAUUCUUUUGUUUUCCUCCCAAGGAACUGCCUGGAGGUUAUGGCAGAGUCAAGCCUGACAUCGUUACUUAUGGCUCCGGAGUAAGAGGUUCUGGCAUGAAGGGUGGAUGCCGCUCUCUCUCUGGGACCAGUGUGGCCUCACCUGUGGUGGCAGGUGCUGUCACUCUGCUAGUAAGGUAAGUGCUCAGUGAGAAUGCAAGCACCACAAAGGUUUACUUAAAUAAAGAUGAAUUGGCUUAGCACAGGGAUCAACAGCUUUUGGGGGCCUAUGAGUACAUAGGCAAACUGCUGUGGGCAGUACAUGGAAGCAUACCACAAGUUUUUCUGCUGGCUACCAUAGGAUGCUAUUUCCACAUACAAUUUCAGUGGGGGGAGUGGGAACCCUGUGGGGAUCAGGGAAGGCCUCUGUGUGCACAUGUGUGCCUGUGGGUACCAUGUUGGCUAGUCCUGGUUUAGGAUCAGUAAGCCUCAAUUAGCCAUGAAAGGCAUCUGCCCACCCCCCACCCCCAAAGCUGUUCUGGAAACACAGCAUGCUCUGGGAUUUCAGAGUAAGUGGAGUUUGCAAGCAAAGUGACUUGCUUGAUGUUGCUGCGAGUUAGUGGCUGAAGGGAGAUUUGAACUGAGGAUAUUAUGGCUUCACAGGUUUCAAGUUCAAAGGAUAGCUGUAGCUUUAUCAGUUUUAAGAAAUUGUUACAAUCAAUAUAAAAGCGCUUCAUUAGACUAAUAGUUGUUUAAUCAGUGUCCUACUUCAAGCAAGCUUAUUGCAUGAAUUGAUCACCCAUUUCCUGCGUUGUCCUAUGAAUUUGGAAUUGUUUUGUUAAAAAAUUAACAGACUUGGUUGUUGCAUUUAACAUUCCUACCAUCUUAUAUUCUUUCAUAACAACAUUUUAAAAUUUGAAGUAGCUAAAAAAAUCUGCUCUUUCUGCGACCUUCAUUUUACUGAGAGAAGCUUUGAUGCUUUAGGGGCAGUAUUUCUUAGCCUAUGAGUCACAGCCUGAAAGUAAGUUGCAAAGCUUGCACAAGUUGGCCGCAGACCACAAAUAAUUAUCGCUGUUAAUCCUUAACUGGUAUAAUGAUACCUUUCCCAACUUUUUGUUUCAUUGCUAUAUUAAAAUGCUGUGUUUGUCACUUGUAACUAAGCAUCUGAAAAGACUCAAGAACUGUUCUAUGGUCCGGUGACAGCUUGCCACAAGGUGCUCAUGCAGGGAGUUGUUUUCAGCAACUGUUAACUGCUUGCCUCUGACACACAGGCACCUGCACAACAGAGGCGAGCAGUAAUAGUCACUCAAAACAAUUCCCUGUACGAGCAUCUUGUGGCAAACCAUCACCGGAUCCACCAGGGCUAGUUAAUAGUUAAGCCAGAGGUGAGUUGGCAUUUGCUUUGUCAAAAUUUUGUCAACUGCUUUUCUGCUGAAGAAAAGUUAGAAUGCAUUCGAAAACCAUUUGCAAUGAUGCCGUGAAGUUGUCCUUGAACUUAUUAAACUGUCAUGUGAUUGGGUCCUCAAAAAUAAUUUGUUGGAAGUAAGGUUUUCUGAAUGUUGGCUUCAUGCUACCAAAAUUACUCCAUUAUUAUUGAGUAUCCUGAACUUGAUAAUGAAGCAAUGCCUGUGCUGCUGAUGUUUGGUGGUACAUAUGUUUGUGAGAUAGACUUUUCAGCAGUGACUGCUAUGAUGGCAAAAUACAGAAGCAGGCUGCAUUGUUAAUAAUUAUCUGAGACUAUGUGUUACUAUCAUUAAACAUCACUUGUGGGUUGCCAUACCAAAAGGUUGGGAACCAUUGCUGUAGAGAACAAGAUAUCCAAAUCUGGGUUUAAAAAUUCUACAUUUGUAUUCAGUUGGAUUUACUUCUGAGUAAUAUGCAUAGGAUUGGACUGUAGAACAAAAUUGUCUGAGCCCUGGUAGAAGCUGUAUUAUGUAUUUAUAUUUCUUCUAAAAUUUGUAUUUCAAUUUUCUGUGCUAAUGUGCAGUCCAAUUCAAUUGGUAUUCUGUUAAAGGUAAGGGUAAAGGGACCCCUGACCAUUAGGUCCAGUCGUGACCGACUCUGGGGUUGCAGCGCUCAUCUCUCUUUAUUGGCCGAGGGAGCCAGCAUACAGCUUCCGGGUCAUGUGGCCAGCAUGACUAAGCCGCUUCUGUUGAACCAGAGCAGCACACAGAAAUGCCGUUUACCUUCCCCGCCAGAGCGGUACCUAUUUAUCUACUUGCACUUCGACGUUCUUUCGAACUGCUAGGUUGGCAGGAGCAGGGACCGAGCAACAGGAGCUCACCCCAUCACGGGGAUUCAAACUGCUGACCUUCUGAUCGGCAAGUCCUAGGCUCUGUGGUUUAACCCACAGUGCCACCCGCGUCCCAUAUUGUGUUAGCAUUGGUGAAUUAUUCCUGGGGUAGUAAAGAAGACGGCAAAAUUUUAAGUACUUCUUUUUGUGUAUGUGUUUAAAAGAAGGUACUAUUUACACCAAUUUCUCCAGUGUUUACUUCAGUAAAAUGUACUAGAAAGGGUUGCAGUAAUAAAAGAAAUUAUUACAACAAGGCUGUGAUUCAUUUUUAACUUCAGCUUGACUUGAUCGAUGCCAGGACAAUAGUAUAACAUUACAACUAUUUCUCAUUUUUAGCACAGUCCAGAAGCGUGAAAUGGUGAAUCCAGCUAGUAUGAAACAGGCCCUUAUUGCAUCUGCACGACGACUUCCUGGGGUCAACAUGUUUGAGCAAGGGCAUGGCAAACUUGAUCUUCUCAGAGCCUACCAGAUUCUCAAUAGUUAUAAACCACAGGCCAGGUAAGACUGUAUGCAUGUUUUAAUAACUCAAAGUAAACCUUUUUGUUUUGUUUUGUUAUGUUAUGAAAUAUAUGUUGAUCCAAGAAUGCAUUGGUGCAGCCAAGAUAAUUUAAACUGACUUCAGCUUUUUUCCAUCUCUGAACUUCUUUUGUGAUUAAGCGAAGGUUUUGCUAUUUUAUUUGUUUGUUAGCAAUUUUAACCCACAUCUCACUGAAAAGGCUUAUCCAGGGAUUUUUGUUUUUAAAAAACGUAGAGGCCAUUAAAACAGUUCCUGCCCUCAGACUUACAAUCAAAAACUCACAACACAAAAGAGAAAAAAAGUAAUGGGAACGGAAGGGUUGUGGUGGUGGUAAAUAAUCACAGGCACCAAUUCUUAAAUAGUUCUUAUAAUGACCAGUUAUUAUGAAAGCAGUUUAGGGACGGGAGGAGCUUGAUAGAGCUGGUCUUGCAGGAGAGCUGAUGGGAUGGCUCUGCUUCUCAUCUCUUCACAGCUGCAACCUGCUGUAAUAGCUGCUACCGAAAGCCUGAUGGAGCUGGUUUCAGUAGAUUACACUUGCCUAAUUAGGUUUGCUUAAGGCAAACCUUAGUGAUAAAUAAAAAUGCAAAUUAUUUAUCUGUUUAACAAAAUAUAUGUCCUGCUUGAUUGUAAGAAAAUCUCCAAGCAGUUUACAAAAAAUAUUUAUUAUCAAGUUUGUAAGACUGCAGGCAAGGCCUGUGAUUUUUAACUGUUAUAGAGUGUUUAGUACCUUGUCACUUUAAAUACAAAACAGCAAAAGAAUGAGCUAAGCUUGUGUAUGGUUGAGGCUACCAUAUUCUCAACUGUGGUCAACAGCUGGAGGUGCAUUUUGCUGUGCAAAUUGACACCCUGGCAAGUGGUCCAGCAUCAUGAUACAGUAACUUUGGGCUGGGGACCAUUGCUGAUGGUGAUGCCUGCUAGGACUCACCACUGCUAGUGACACAUGUUGAGGUCUCUGCCUUCAGGAUUCCAGAGGCCACCAUUGUAGCCACCAUCUUAGUUUUCUCAAAACGAAUGCCCUGGAAGUCCCAUCAUUCUGUAUCAUUGAUAGACAAACAUUGCAUCAAACAGUAGUAUUUGAUAAGAGCAGGAAAAGGAUGCAUAUGUGUUUUGGAUAACACGUGAUCGAGUGCUGGAAACACAGUUGAGUGUACAGUAAAUGGGAGUGUGAACAUGGUCUAUGCCUUCUGCACCUAGUUCUGGCAAGUAGAUCUUGGGGUUCUAGUAAAAAACAAAGUAGCCGCUGUCCACCCCUGUACUAAACAGUCUUCUCUAUUUAUUUAUGCUUUAAAAAAUGUGUACAGUGGUACCUUGGGUUACAUAUGCUUCAGGUUACAGACUCCGCUAACCCAGAAAUAUUACCUCGGGUUAAGAACUUUGCUUCAGGAUGAGAACAUAAAUCGUGCUCCGGCGGCAUGGCGGCAGCGGGAGGCCCCAUUAGCUAAAGUGGUGCUUCAGGUUAUUAUUUUUUUUCAAAAAUUUUAUUGGUUUUUACAAUAUCAACGACAAACAAAAACAUGAGACAAACAAAACAUAACAAACAUAAAUCAUAACCUUAUUGAAAAUAACAGUUAUCUACUUUGUAGGACGACUUCCUCGUUUCCCUUUAGUUGAAUUUCAUUGCAUAUCCUUAUAACGGUUUUCCAAAUCCCAAUUUUAAUACCCUUCAAAUUAAACAUUAACAUCCUUAAAUCUUCUCCUUCUUGUAUUAAACAUAUUAUUUUAUCAGUUAACAUAAAUACAAUCCUAAGCCCAUUAAGUAUCUGGACGCUAUUUCCUGUUAUUUUAGUUUAACAAAUUUAGCUAAAUAAUCAUUGAAUUUCUUCCAUUCUUCGUGGUGUUCCUCCUCCGGUUAGAUCGGCUAGCUCCAUAAAAUCCAUCAUCUUCAUCUGCCGUUCUUCUACUGUUGGUAAUUCUUGGGUUUUCCACUUUUUAGCUAACAAAAUACGAGCCACAGUUGUGGCAUACAAAAAUAGAUUCACAUCUUUCUUGGGCAGUUCCGAACCUGUUAUUCCGAGAAGAAAGGCCUCUGGUUUCUUUAUAAAUGUAUAUUUCAACAUUUUUUUCAAUUCAUUAUAAAUCUUUUCCCAGAAGUCUUUCACCUUGGAGCAGGUCCACCACAUAUGAAAGAAUGUUCCUUCCUUUUCUUUACAUUUCCAACAUGUAUUAUCACAAUUAUGAUACAUCUUUGCUAAUUUUACAGGAGUCAAAUAUCAUCUAUACAUCAUUUUCAUAAUAUUUUCCUUUAACAAAGUACAUGCGGUGAACUUCACCCCCUUCUUCCACAAUCUUUCCCAGUCCUCAAACAUUAUAUUAUGUCCUAAAUCUCUAGCCCAAUCUAUCAUCACCGAUUUAACUUGUUCCUCUUUCGUAUGCCACUCCAGCAAAAGCUUGUACAUUUUAGAUAAGUUUUUACCUUCAGUAUCUAACAACUCCGUCUCCAACUUAGAUUUUUCCAAGGCAAAACCAUUUUUCUUAUCCAGUUUAUACAAUUCGUUAAUCUGGUGGUAAUGUAGCCAAUUUAGCUUAUCUUUAAUUUUCUCAAAUGGUCUUAAUUUAUAACCUUCCUCUCAACCAUUUGGUAUCCAUAUUUAAUUUUUUCUGGGCCUUUGCCUCCAUUGGUGAAAGCCAUCUGGGCGUCUUUCUUUCUAAAAGGUCUUUAUAUUUUAUCCAAACAUUAUACAACGAUUUCCUGAUUAUAUGAUUUUUAAAUGCUUUAUGGGCUUUUACUUUAUCAUACCACAAAUAUGCAUGCCAACCAAACACAUUAUCAAAUCCCUCCAAAUCUAGUAGAUCUGUAUCUUCUAAUUUCAUCCAUUCUUUAAUCCAACAAAGUGCGGCAGCUUCAAAAUAGAUUUUUAAGUCUGGCAGAGAGAAUUCCCCUCUUUCUUUAGAAUCCAUAAGUAAUUUGUAUUUAAUUCUGAGUUUCCUCCCCUGCCAGAUAAAUCUAGAAAGAGCUUUUUGCCGUUCUUUAAAACAUUUCACAUUGUCUAUAAUUGGGAGGGCUUGAAACAAAAAAAGCAUAUUUGGCAGCACAUUCAUCUUAAUCACAGAAAUCCGGCCCAUUAAUGACAAUUUUAAGUUAGACCAUACCUCUAAAUCUCUUUUAAUUUCAUUCCAUAUUUUCUCAUAGUUAUCCUUAUACAGAUUCAAAAUUUUCCCAGACAGGUUCACCCCCAAAUAUUUAACUUUUUCCACAAAAUCUAGGCCCGUUUUUUCUUGUAAUAUUUCCUUUCUUCAUUAUCCAGAUUUUUCUCUAUUACUUUGGUCUUGCUCUUGUUUAAUUUAAAUUCUGCUACCUGACCAAACUCAUGUAUUAGCUCCAGUGCUUUAACUGCACUGGAGUCUGGAUCUUGUAAUGUCAGAACCAAAUAAUCAGCAAAGGCUUUUAAUUUGUAUUGUUUUGAACCUACUGUAAUACCUUUAACUUGUUCAUCUUUUCUAAUCAUACUUAGCAAGACCUCCAGUACCGAGAUAAACAGCAGAGGGGACAGUGGGCACCCUUGCCUGGUUCCCUUCUCAAUUCUAAUUUCCUCUGAAACCACAUUAUUUACAAUAAUUUUAGCUUUUUGUUCUUGAUAGAUUGCUUUAAUACCAUUUAUAAAAUCGUUGACCUAUCCCCAUACUCUCUAAGUUAUGUAACAUAAAGCUCCAAGAAACAUUGUCGAAGGCUUUCUCAGCAUCGAUGAACAUUAACAUUGCUUUACAACUCUUUCUUGCUUCUAACUUUUCCAAAAUAUCCACAACAUUUCUAAUAUUGUCUUUCAUAUGUCUUCCAGGCAGAAAUCCUGCCUGGUCUUUAUGAAUAUACUCAGAUAAAACCUUUUUUAGCCUAUUAGCCAGUAUAUUUGCAAAAAUUUUAUAAUCCACAUUAAGUAGGGAGAUUGGUCUGUAGUUUUUAACGUUGGAUCUAUCCUGACCCUGUUUAGGAAUCAGAGUAAUGUACGCUUGUUUCCAGGUUUCAGGUGCUUCCCCCCCCCCCCCCGGUAAAAUUGAAUUAGAUAUUUCUACCAGAGGUUGUAUAAGCCAAUCUUUCAAUGUCUUAUAAUAUUUCGCUGAUAGACCAUCAGGUCCUGGUGUCUUGCCACGUUGCAUUGAAUUUAUUGCAUGUUCCACUUCCUGUCUUGUAAUUAAGCCAUUUAGUAGAUUCUUUUUAUCUUUCUGAAUCCGUUGCAGUCCAUUGUUCUUUAUAAAUUGCUCAAUUUUGCCUAAAUCUUCUUUUUCUUUUUUAUACAGUUGCUUAUAAUAUUUAAAAAAACAAUUUCUAAUGUCUGCAGGUUUCUCUACCGAUUUUCCUUCUGUAACAAUGUUUGUAAUAGUACUUUGUUUUUGUCUCUUUUUUAAUUGCCAGGCUAAUAGUUUCCCACAUUUAUUUGCAGAUUCAAAAUUUCUUUGUCUCAUCCUUCUUAUCUUCCAUUCAAUUUCUUGGUUUACUAACUGUGAAUAUUGAACCUGUAAGGCUUUAAUUUCUUUUUGGAUCUGCAAAUUCUUUGGGUUUCCUCUAAGCUUCUUCUCUUUGUCUUUCAGUUGUUCCAUAAUUUUGUCUUUUGUCUCAUUCUGUGACUUUCUCCUAAUUGCAUUUUGUUGUAUCAGAAAUCCCCUCAUUACCGCUUUGCUGGCCUCCCAAAUCACCCUUAUCUCCAUUCCUUGAGUCAUAUUAAGUUCAAAAUAAUCCUUUAGGGUUUUUUGGGCCUUAUUUACAAUUGAUGAAUUUCUCAACAAAUCGUCAUUCAUUUGCCAUCUGAAGGAACCCUGAAUAAACAUUUUCAAGUCCAUAGAAACUGCAUUAUGGUCCGAGCAGGUUUUAGGGCAAAUUUCCGUUUUUGCCACUUUAGGAACCAAGUCUCUGGAUAUCCAUAUAUAGACUAUUCGCGAAAAUACUUGGUUUGCAUCUGAAAAAAAAGUGAAGUCUAUUUCCGUUGGAUUUCUAAUCCUCCAUAUAUCUGACAGAUCAAAUUUUUCAGUUCGAUCAAAGAAAGUCUUCGGUAGUCUGCCAGAGUUCGUAACCUUUGAUCUCUGGGUUCUGUCCAUCAAUGUAGAUGCAACUCCAUUCAAAUCCCCCAUCAAAAUAAUUUUAUAAUCCAAGUAUUCCAGCAGACUUGCUUCCAGGUUCUUAAAAAAUUCCGCUUUGCCAUCAUUAGGUGCAUAGAUUCCUAAUACCAAAAAUUUCUCGCCUUGUGCUGAAAUUUCAACUGCGAUAUAUCUUCCUUCCUCAUCUUUGAAAGCAAAUUUUGGAUUCCAUUUAUCUUUGAUGUAGAAAACCACUCCUCUUUUUUUGACUUUGUCAGAAGAAAUAAAUUCUUGGCCCAAUCUUUUAUUUAUUAAAAAUUUUUUGUGUAAUCUUGUAAUGUGGGUUUCCUGUAAACAAAUUAUGUCCAAAUUUUGUUUCUCCAAAAUAUGAUAGAUUUCCCCCCUUUUUUGUGGCAGGUUCAUGCCAUGAACAUUCCAUGAAUAAAUUAUCAACGCCAUAUUGUCUAUUUACGAGGAGGUGCUUCAUGUUAAGAACAGAUUCAGGUUAAGUACGGACCUCUGGAACAAAUUAAGUACUUAACCUGAGGCACCACUGUAUUGCUAUUAUUUCCAUGACUGUAUUGAUUCAAAAUAAUACGAGCAUCUUUGACUCUGCCUGGUGUAUUUACAAUUUCAAUUUUAGUUUUUAAAGCCUGGGAUUUAAUGGAGAAGAUUAAAACACUGGUCUUUUAGGCUCACGGCGUGUUUAUUUAUUUACUGCAUUUAUGCAUGUAUUCAUUUUUUCCUGACUGUUUAGUUUGAGUCCGAGCUACAUCGACUUGACGGAAUGCCCUUACAUGUGGCCGUACUGCUCCCAACCUAUCUACUAUGGAGGCAUGCCAACAAUUGUGAACGUUACUAUCCUUAACGGAAUGGGAGUCACUGGAAGAAUCGUAGACAAGGUAGACUUUGAAAGAGUUGAACCUUAUUCUACAGAAUGUUAGCUUCUCUUUCCUCCUGUAGAUGAGAUGAUUUGAGAAGACCUGAACCUAAAUAUAUGCAUCCCAUUGAAACUUAAGUCCAUUCACCCUCAUUCAAUUUUAUACAAGAAAUUUCAAAAUCUGCUGUUAGGAUAACAUGACAAUUAAUUUUUGAGAACAGUUAAGUGUUUGAUGAAUGCAGCAACAUGGGGCUGUAACCAGCAUUCUCUGUCUGCUGGCAUAAAGCCUCUUGAGCUAGAAGACAGCUGAGUUUUUGUAUUGCACAACAGAGGAAUCAGUUAUGCUGUUGCGCAACAGAUUCCACAGUAUAUUGCACAACAAAGUUACCAGCAACCUGCUUGUGCAUUCUUUAGCACAACAGCGUUCUAGCGCAGAACAUUUUGCCAUCAUAUAUCCCUAAAUGGCUUUAACUUUCUGCUAAUUGGGUGCAUGAUUCCAUGUUUUUAUAUUGUAAGCUUUCAGCAUAAGCAUUUUAAGGUUGUAGGGGACAGGAAGACCAGCAAUCUGCCUGACUGUUGCAUCCAGUUCUGAUGGAGUGCUUCCACUACACUCUGGAAAGAACUCACACUGAAACUCACCUACAGGUGGUACCUAACACCAAGGAAACUAGCGCUAAUACACCCAGGAACCUCACCAAAAUGCACCUCCACAGGCACAUACCUCCACAUGUGGUGGGAGUGUCCCAAAAUCCAACUAUUCUGGACAACAGCCAUACAAGAAAUAUGUAAAAUAACUAAGCAAGUAAUAGACAUCACCCCAGAAUUGGCCCUACUAAACAUCUUCCAAGACAACAAUGCCCAUUUACACCACAAAGAACUCAUAACCCACCUGCUCUCAGCAGCCAGAAACACCAUAACCAGACACUGGAGAGACCUGUCAGGAGUAAGCAUGGACCAAUGGUCCCAAAUAGUAUGGGAAACAGCCCUACUAGAAAAAUUAACUAAUAAACUGAAACUGACACGGGGACAAACAGAAGAAGACGUCUUCACCCCGGUAUGGCUCCCCUUUAUCACAUACACAGCCCAACAGGACAAUGACAAUAAUCCACCAACAGCAUACAAAUCAAUAUGGCUAACCUGAUCCAAAACACCCACCCACCUCACUCACACGCGAAAACAAAGAUCACCACAGCCAAUCACAAGCAAACAAUCACACCCUAGGCCAACCCCAACCUCUCUCACCACCAAAGGAACACAAGUGAACAACACAAGCAACGCUGACACCAAACUCUACAUACAUUAAACACCGCCACCCGACCCCACCCCUAUCCAUCUUCCCUCUCUCCACCCCCCUUUCUUUUUUCUUUCUUUUUUCUUCUCCCCCUAAUGCCUCAACAAAUGAAACAGAUUUGUAAAAAUGUUACAUGAAGAAAAAAACAACGAGGCACUACACUUCUGUAAAACAAGAAAAUCCUUAAUAAAAUAAAGAUUAAGGUGGUCUAAAAAAAAACAAAAACUGUGUGUAGUUCCUGAUCAUCAUGUUGCUCUCCCUCCCUCAUGCCUGUGCCUCUAGGAUGCCAUAAAAGGGCUCUCCAGACCACCUUUGUUAACCUGCAGGUCAAUGGUGAUGUCAUUCCUAUUUAGUAAGGAAGAGCAGAUCCAGAAAAUGCAUUGCUGAGUUUCCUUGAGUCCUGCCCAUGGAAGUGGCAAUUUAUUUAUCAAGUGUUCUAAUGAACAAAAUGCAUUACACAGCCAUCAAUAGGGAUCAUGUUAGUUCAUAGUCAUAUAUAUAUUUAUAUCCAUCAGUACUUUAACCAAGCCACGUUUUGUUUUGUUUUGUUUUGUGUUAUCUAGCCCGACUGGCAGCCCUAUUUACCACAGAAUGGAGAUUACAUUGAGGUGGCUUUCUCCUAUUCCCCCGUUUUAUGGCCUUGGUCAGGGUACCUAGCAAUUUCUAUUUCUGUUGCAAAGAAAGCAGCCUCAUGGGAAGGCAUUGCACAAGGACACGUCAUGAUCACUGUUUCCUCUCCGGCCGAAAAUGAGGUAUUUCUUACUUUGCUGUUUAUUAAGCCGUAAUCUGCUGUUGUUUACCCUAGCACAGUAUGGCACAUGACUGCGCAAAAAAAUGCAACUAGGAGAGAAACACAUGCUAGUAAUAUAACUUUAGCAUCCCUUUCAGCAGUAUGAAAUGUAGCUAGAUGAUUGAAUUAGGGUGCUUAAAGAUCAAGCAAAAGGCAAGUGUGUUCUCUUUUCAUGUCUGAAAAUUGACAUAGAAUUCUGAAGGUUGUGGCUCUGCUAGACCAUGUGUUUUUCUUAGACCAGCAGCAGGAAACACAUAGUCCAGGUGCCAAUUGCAGCCCUCCCAGCCUGUCUGUCUGUCACUCAGGACUCUCCUUUGCCCAUACACUGUUUCUCAGCCACACCCACUCACCGCAGACCACACACCUCUCACCUGCUUCACACACCCCUUGCAUGUUUUUGCUUGGCUGGAUUAUGUCGUUGAACUUUGAUAAGGCCUCUUGCUUACCUGGAUAAAGGAUGGAGGAUAGAGAGGGGUGUGGGUGUGUGUACACGAACUAGUCUGCUGCACAAAGGUAAAAUGGACCUUCAUUGCUCUGCCCAGUUUUGUGUCUAGCUUUGCCCACCACUGACAUGCCCUCCUGGAAGUUUGAUCAAAAUAGGUUCCUCACCCAGUCUGUGAUUGCUUUCAUAAAUGUUUUUGUUAAUUCAUACGGAGUGGGGCUGGCCUUGAGAUCUAAACCUACUGGGCAUAUUGAUGUAUGUUAGGGGUGUGGGCACCAACAACAAAGGAACAAAACAGCGUCAUCUAGCUUUAAAGUCCAUGGGACCCAAAGGAGUGCUUUAGUCUUGCCCAGGUACUUGGACACACUUUGUGUGACUCUUGAAGAUUUCUUCCCUGGACGGCUGAUGAUCUCUUCUUACAAGCUGAUUUUGAACACAAAAUCCUUCCUUUCAGUACAUGGCAUAAAUAUUGUUUGGAAAAUACAAGCACAAAAUCUGAACUAGUUCAGCGUCUGUAUCUGGCCUUUUGUCCAAGGAGGUUGGAGUGGUGCUGUAGUCUUGGAGCAACCUUGCAAAAUAGGGAAGGUUGAGAGAGUGACCUGGCUAGUGUCCCCUGGUGAGCUUUGUGGCUUACUGGGGUUUUGAAGCUGCAUUUUCCAUAUUCAAGCCACUACACCACAGUAUUAUACUGUGAUAUUGUGAGGGUGGGGUAAGGGGUGGGAUGGAAUGUAUUUGAAUGACAGCUUUUAAAAAAAUAUUUAUCAGUUGAAUGUUCUGUAGUUUGGAUUUUGUUUGGGGGAAGCAUUCUGUGGUACACCAGGCUCCUUUUUGUUUCUACUUCUUUCAGUCGAAAGCUGGCGCUGAACAGACUUCAACCGUGAAACUCCCAAUAAAAGUGAAAGUUAUCCCGACACCCCCACGUAGUAAGCGUGUCCUCUGGGAUCAAUAUCACAAUCUCCGCUAUCCACCAGGAUAUUUUCCAAGGGAUAAUUUGCGGAUGAAGAAUGAUCCCUUAGACUGGUGUGUGUGUGUUUUGUGCGUUACUGACCAUUACUACUGUUUGAAAUUGUUUUUAAUACUGUAACCCACUCUGGGACCUUAGGGUAAAGGGUGGAUAAUUGGUGAUGAUGAUGAUGAUGAUGAUACUGGCAUGCAAUAACGUUGACAAAAUAGGAAAUACAAUUCUGUUCUCAAGAUAACAUGGAGAUUUGCCUUAUCUUCUGUAGUUCUAAGGGAAAUUAUAAACUCAGGUCUGACAUUCCAUGAAAAUCUGGUUCAUUCACAAAUUACAGUAUUUCACCCUAGCUUAGAAAGAAAAUAGGUCUUUGUCAUUGUGACAGUAAUAGAGGUAAACUACAUCCUUAAAUUAAUGACUUGUGUAAUUUGCAUUUUCCUUUUUUGUCCUCCCAAAAUAUAUCCUAAAAAUAAAUCCCUAUUGGGAUUUGUUCUGCUUUAAGCAAGAUAUAAAGUCAUUGAACAUGGCAGUGGUCUGGUUCACACAUGACACUAAGCCAUGACACUAAGCUGUUGCACAAACCCCCAAGCCAUAUAUCUCACUGACUCAGCUUUGCAACCCAAAUGCUUUUGCCUUCUGAAUGUUUCCUUAAACUCUGGUAAAUGCCUCUUGUUUUUCUGAUGAAGAAUACAGAGGGGUAUGUAUGGAAACCAGCCUACUGUACAAAUGUAGUUUUUUCUUUGGCCCUGUCCACUCCAGCCCUUGGAAGAAAAUGUGGCCUUCAGGAUAAAACAGCCCCCCUCUCCUUCAUACCUUGUGAAAUAAUUUUUUGUAGUUUAUUAUAUGCACACAGUAUUUCAAAUUAUAUUCCGUCUUAUCUGCCAUUGGUCCUGAACCACAAGUGAUAGGCUUUGUCCAUAAACUGUGCACGUAUAUCGUUUUAAGAUACCAAAACCUUAGAAAGUAAUAUGACAAGAAAAUCAGGUUACAUACUUCACUUGGUUUAUUUAGGAACGGUGACCACAUCCACACAAACUUCAGGGAUAUGUACCAACAUCUGAGAAGUAUGGGGUAUUUCGUUGAAGUUCUCGGUUCACCUUUCACUUGUUUCGAUGCCAGUCAGUAUGGUAAGUAAUUGUGAGAUUGCUGUUUAUAUAUCAAAGCAGUUUUGGGGAGGCGAGCUUGCCCAAGCUCUCAAAUUGAGGAUGGGAUGGCCAAAGAAAGAUGUAAAGCCAAAACAGGAGAGGAGCCAAAUGGAGGUUGCUGGUUUCCUUAAGCCAGAGGAAAAUCACCAUAUGAGACUUGGGAGUGAGAGGAGAGGAGGUAGGCCUGGCCAAAGCUGCUUGAAAAGGGGCACAGAAGCCAAGAAAGGAGGAUAAAUCUGAUUGUCUUUAGUCAAAGAGAGAACCCAGUAUUACAGCAGAGAAAGGACAGGAUGUGAAUCACUCGCUACCUGUUCUCUGAGGCAAAAAGUUGGGCCAAGCAUUGUUCUACCUCCCUUCAUAAAAAGGUCUGGGAGCAAGCAAGGGGCAAAGUGAUGCUGGGCAGGUUUUUGUCAUUCUGAAUUGUUGUUCCCCUUUUCCUGCAGGGACCUUAUUGAUGGUGGACAGUGAGGAAGAGUAUUUUCCAGAAGAAAUCACUAAACUGAGGAGGGAUGUUGACAAUGGACUGUCACUCAUAAUAUUCAGUGACUGGUACAACACCUCAGUGAUGAGGAAAGUCAAGUUUUACGAUGAAAACACAAGGUAUGGAUAUUCAGGAACUGGCCAGAUUGAAGCCAUUGCCUGCUGUAUCCUAUAUUGCCCUUUAUACAGCUCACCUAGAGGUAGAUUUUUUAUUUAUUUCAGAAAUUUCUAGAUGGUCAGUCAGAGAAUUUCAAAAUCAAAUGGUUGUUGGCUGAUGUAGUUUGUUACUUGUAGGGAAGCUUUAAAAUGUUAGUACAAAAAUGAAAAACUUAAAUCAAUCUAAAUAUUUAAGUGGCUCAGGACCGCAAUACCUCAAGGACUGCCUCCAUCCAUAUGAAGCAACCUGGACCCUGUAAUCAUCAUUUAAGGCCCUUCUUUGUGUCUCUUCUUUGCGAUAGGUCUGGAGGGUGGCAACACAAGAAUGGGCUUUUUCUGUGAUGGCUCCCUGUUUGUGGAAUGCUCUCCCCAUGGAGACUCACCUGGUGCCUUAGUUACAUGUCUUUAGGUGCCAGGCAAAAACAUUCCUGUUUUCCCAGGCCUUUGGCUGAUUAAAGGAAUUUAUGAAAUAUUGUUUUGUUCAUAAACUGGUGGGGGACUUACUUUUGUUUUGUUAUUAUGGUAUGUAUUUUUGUGUUUUUAUAUUGCAAACCACCCUGUGUUCUUUGGAUGAAGGGCAGUACAGUGGUACCUCUUGAUACGAAUGGGAUCCGUUCCGGAGCCCCGUUCGCAUCCAGAAGCGAACGCAACCAGCGUCUGCGCGUGCGCAGGUUGCUAUUCGCCGCUUCUGUGCAUGCAUGUGCCGUCAUUUUGACCAUCUGCGCAUGUGCGAGCGGCAAAACCUGGAAGUAACACUUUCCGUUACUUCCGGGUCGCCGCGGAGUGCAACCCGAAAGCGCUCAACCUGAAACAACUUCAACCCGAGGUAUGACUGUAUAGAAGUUUAAUCAAUAAUAAUAAUAAACUUCAGCUCUUUUUCUUUUUUUUAAAGAGGCCUAGUCAAACUUAUUCAGUCAUUGGCAGAUGCACAUGGAAUAUUGUAAAGCCUCUGCAUAUCUGAGGCUUCUCCAAAUAUGAAUCCUGUUGUCUUUGGUGAUUAGUGUGUCAGCAUGGACAUUAGGAGUGGGUCGUGGCAGUUCAAAUUUACCCACCAAAGAAAUGACAGUAUUUUCUGGGUUGUGAUAACUUGCCUUGUGGUGAUGCAUUUGUAGGCAGUGGUGGAUGCCUGAUACUGGGGGAGCUAAUAUUCCAGCUCUGAAUGAUCUUCUCUCGGUGUGGGGCAUGGCCUUUAGUGACGGGCUGUAUGAAGGAGAUUUUACCAUGGCAAGUCAUGAAAGUAAGUCAACUGGGUGUCUUAUUUAUUUAUUUAUUGCAUUUAUAUGCCACCAGUCUGCCAAGACACAAUUUUAAAAUACUAAAAUAAAUCAUACAGAAAGUAAGGUUCACACAUGGGCGGCGGGGUGGGGAGGGUAGGGUAGGUAGAGGACAGUGUAACUGGGACAGGCCCUGAUAUCUCUGCUUGCUUGCCUCACUCUCCUCCUCACGGGGUUGAUGGUGUCCAUUGGCCUUGUGUAGUUUGACCCAAGCAGGCUCUCUCUUCCCUUACUACAGGACUGAUGGACAGGAUGUUUGCAGAGGGGGCCACCUUGAUAGCUCCACCACUCUCAGAAGCUAUUGUGGGUGGUGGCCUGGGAGAUUGCAUUGUUUGUGCCAGCCCUUAAGUUGUGGGAUUCCAUUCCCACAGAGGUGCAUUUGACACCUUAAUUGUACAGUGUUCAGUGUAUGCACCUCUUUACCCUGGCCUUCAACACUGGAGAUAUCUAUAUCCACAGAGAGAAAGAGACUCAUUUAUAUGAAUGACCCACCCUAGUUGUGAUCGUAAUUUGUUUUAAGCUAUUUUAAUGCAGUAUUUUUAUUUCUGUAACCCACCCUGGGACCUUCUUGUGAAGAGUGGGUAAUAUAUAUAUAAGAACAAGAACAAGAGCAGUAACUAAUAAUAGCAGUGGGAAUAGUGAGGCAGACAAGGGAGUUGGAGUCUGUGGGACGUUUUGCCAGAUUGGGAUCUUGAAAGGAUACCUGUGUCUUUUAAGAUAUAUAUUGAAGGGAGAAUUGCACCUGGUUCAGUCUGUUGUUACUGCAGCCCUGUAAUGGGAAAAGCUGUGGCUAGUAACAGAUCUUCUUUUGCACCUUUUAGGCUUCAAUCCUAUAUGCACGUGUAUAAGGAAGGCACAAGAGCUUUCUCAGCAUAGGCCCAAAAGCUAUGAAAAGGGUAUUGUGGCUGGGUUAGGUGGCUGAUUUGAAUCCACCAGUCAAAUUAUGGCUACAAGUUUCUAGUUAUAAGCUAGAAUUGGUGAAUUACUCCCUUUUUUAUUAUUUGCAGUGAACUACGCCUCUGGAUGUAGUAUUGCAAAGUUUCCAGAAGAUGGCAUUGUGAUUGCACAGACAUUUAAGGAUCAAGGUACAGAGCUGCAUUUCAUUUCAUAUUCCUCCUAGGUAGGCAUGGAAUUACGGUUCUUUGUAUAAUUUAACUUCCAGCAGCCCUUUUCGGCAUGACGGGGGUUAACUUUUCACUUACUUUUCAAGUAAAAUAAAAGCAAAGAGCCACCUUCCAUGCUGAUCUUUGUUCAUCCAAAGUGUCCAAAAAUGUUGCACUGGAAAGGCUUACAGCCACAUCAUGGCUCACCACUUUGAAGGUCUAAGUGCCUUUCAAAUAACUUUGGGUAAAGUUGUUUGCAAACUUGAAUCAGGUGGGUUUCCAGAUGUGGAUCUCCUGCCCUAAAGAACCACCCCAUCCCAGGAGAGCUCCAAAAUCUGAGCGCAGAGCUGAUGGGUAUGGGUUUGUUCAUGAACAGUAAAGCAUGAGAGGCUAGUGUGUGGCUCUUCAGAUGCUGUUGGACUACAGCUUCCAUCAUCCUUGGCUGUUGGCUAUGCUGGCUGGGGCUGAUGAGAGUUGGGGUCUGGCAACAUCUAGAGGGCCACAGCACUUAGCCCUUGGGCAUUAUAGGCUUCUUCCUGCCUCCAGCCCUGCAUCAGAAGCGCUGCUUUGUAAAAUCACUGGAGUCUAAAAAGCAACUUGCAGUUUCUCAUGAGCAAGAAAAAGAGCUGCUAUUUAUUCCGUUAAUCACUUUUGACCUCUGCUCCCAACACACACGUGUGGCUCUCUUCACGUGCAGCUUUGAUACAAGGACUCUGCUACAAUUCUUUUGAUAACAGAGAAAGGACAAUGGAAGUUGCUAAAUUUAAAUCUUCUUUCCUUUUAUGCUGAAUCAUUAACUAUGACUGUUGAUAAACCAGAAAGUUACAAUUAUAAUGAAAAGUACAUUUGCCUUCUUGUAUAGCCAUUGCUUGCUGCUCAUUAUUUGCCCUUAUCUUUCACGGAAGCAAAAUGAAGAAUGAUGGCAAUUUGGUGGUAUUGUAUUUGGCUUUUCAGUCCUGUUUCGACCUGUUUAGAUCCUGUUUAACCAUUUUACAAAGCUCUUGAGAGGUGCAGCAUUAUAUAGAUGAAGCUACAUAGGAUUAAGGAGAUGGGAGGGUUUUUUCAUUUUGUUUACACAUACACACACACACACACACACACACACCCAUCCUGUAGAAGUGUAAUGCGUCUUAAAUCUUUUGUUUGAGAGCCAGUGUUUUUUGACUACCCAAGUUAUGCAAGAUCAUUGGGAUGUUGCCAUCUGACAAUUUUCCUUUCCACCCUUUCCUCUAGGUCUUGAAGUUUUAAAGCAGGAAACGGCAAUAAUAGAAAAUGUCCCCAUUUUGGGCCUUUUCCAAGUUCCUUCAGAAGGUGGAGGCAGGAUCGUUUUGUAUGGUGAUUCAAACUGCUUGGAUGAUAGCCACAGGCAGAAAGGUGUGUUACAUUUGCUAAGUAAACAUCCCAUUACUCGUGUAAGUUAACAUCUGUUGUCACAAUGCCAAUGCACAGCAGACAGCCUACCUACCAUAUGGUAAAAUGACUUCAUAUCUGCAGUAGAACAAGUUUAAAUCCCACCUUCACUAGUGACAGGUCUCUUAUUGCAAAAUCCUAUGUAUGUCUACUCAGAAGCAAGGGGCAGUUAGGUUUACUCCCAGUAAUUGGGCACAGGAAUGUGGCUUUAGUGGAAGAAUUGUUCAUGAGUGAGAGAGAGAGAAGGAGACAGAAAAGAAUCUCAAUCUUACAAGCUAGGGAAAAAGAUUUACUGAAAAGAGAUGAUCUGAUUUGAGGUGAUUCGGAGUUAAUAAUUGCUAGAUUCCUUGGGAUUAGUCAUGGAGUGCUGUUACUUUUGCAUAGCAAAUUUGCAUAGUAAAUUUACAAGCAAAUUUUUUAAGACUUAAAGAGUAAAUCUUGUCUCUAGCGGUUUCCUACCACUUGCCGAUUUCUUCUCCUGCUCCAGCUUCCAGACAGAAUAACUUCACUCGGACUUGAAAAAGAAACUCCUUGAAUGGUUCUAUGCAAAGAUGUGGGGGUGGAAAAUUCAUAGGACCAGAAGAUCUAAUAGAACUCUCAGAACUAUUCCUUCUGCUGUUUUUUCAAACGCUUUACAUUUCUGGAUGAUAUUGAAGGCUUGUCAUACUCAGAGUAGACCUAUUGUUUCCAUUGGGUCUACUCCAUGUAUGACAGUGGUUGGAAAUUAUUUACUGUCCAUCUUUCAUUUGGUGCCUUCAAUUUGCAAUUCCUGUGUUUUAGCUUUCAUACCAAAUAUAGGGAGGCUACAUUUUGAUCCCUAUAAUUAAUUGUUAGAUUUCUUACUCAUCCUUCGUCAUAAGGUCCCAAAAUACAUUACAGCAGCAAAAAAAUGCAGUUUAAAACAAAAUAUCACUACAGAAAAAUAAAAUAGAUCAAAGGCCUGGGGAGCGCUAUGUCUUUAGCAUACGAUGAAAGCUGAAUAACGAUGGCACAAGUUGCCCCUCUGUUGGGAGGGAAUUCCACCACUGUGACAGAGAAAGCCCUCUCCCAUGUUACCACCCCUCGAGACACUACUGAUCUUAACACCUGGGAAGGUCUGUAGGGAACAGCGCAGUCUUUCGGCCAUUUGGGGCCUAAGUCAUGGAGGGCUUUGAACACCAGUGUGAGUGCCUUCAGUUGGGCUUGGAAACAAACACCAGGUCAGCAUCCAGAGGAUGCCUUUAAAUUCAGCUCCGAGUUCUUUGUAUCAGUCAAAGAGGAUAGCUUUAAAUACAGUAUCAGACUGGCUUUCAUGUUGCAAAUUGAAAGCAGUACCUCCUGCUGUGACAUCAGUGAGCUUAGCUGUGUUUAAAAUUCCUCGCAUAUAUGAUUUGUAAAUCCUAAAAACGUGUCUGACCUCUGUUUUUUUUAAUUAAAAAAAAAUCAAAGGUGAUCAUUUCAGUUACAUCAGGAUUAUGCAGAUUAACUCCCAUUCCCACCAAACCGCUAUCCUGGGUGGGAAUUGUCAGACAGUGUUUUUUGAACUGUUCUAAAAUGGUCUGUGAAGGCUAAACUAGAUUUCCAAGGUCUGAAAAUUUGGCGAGUUAAAAUUUCCCCAGCACAGUAGUUUUUGUUUAUGCCAAAAAGAUAUGUGCCUCAAAAUAACCUAUUCCCAAUUUAAAGGCUGAAAACAAUUAUGAUGCCCCUCUGGGCAGCCCUGUUCUGCUGCAUUAAUAAACAUUGCUCUUGUAAACGAAAGCCUUCUUUCUAACAGCUUAGAUUGACUUUAUUGCACCAUGUCAAUUCACAUGAAAGAGAGCAAACAUUUUAAAAUUCACUGGGUAGCCAUGGAUAAGACUUCUCCUUUCACAGGGUUGAUGUCGUGAAGGCAUAGAAGACAGGCAUUGAGGCUCCAUCCCAACAGCUCACUAAGCCAUCGUGAUGGAAGCUUAACUUCCCUUUAGUGUCUGAACCAUCACAUUAAACCAUUGUUUGUGAUAGGCAACACCAGAAUCAGAAAAUAAGGUUUGAAAUUCAUUUGCAUUUUGAACUAACAAACCAUGGUGAUGGCUGUUGUUCCACCUCUGAAGGAGCCUGCAUUAUAGAAAUGGGAGUGCUGAGCAGAUCAGAGACAUGGUUUAAAGCUGCAUCAUCCCUGACGGUUGGCCACGCUGCCUGGGACUGAUGGGAGCUGAAACCCAGGCUCAGAGCAUUCCCCAUUCCAUUCUUAGUCCCAGCAAAAGAAUUGGGCUGAGCUUCAGGAGCAUAGCACAGAAAAACAGCAGCAAUGCAGUGUCAAGGGAAAACAGGUGGCAGCAGUGGAUUUAAAAGCAUCAAUCAGUGUACAGUGGUGCCUCGCAAGACGAAAUUAAUUCGUUCCGCAAGUUUUUUCUUCUUGCGAGUUUUUCGUCUUGCGAUGCACGGUUUCCCAUAGGAAUGCAUUGAAAAUCAAUUAAUGCGUUCCUAGGAAACCGACUUCAGACCAGGUCCGGGGACAGUCUGUCCCCGACCUCUUCUGAAGGCUGGGGGGGACAAGGGCUUUUCUUCCCACCCACCCCAGCAUUUUAAAACCCCGGGACAGCGGAGGGCUUCUCCGCUGUCCGGGCGAUCUUAAAAUGCUGGCGGGCGGCAUUUUAAAAUUGCCCCGGGACAGCGGAGGACUUCUCCGCUGUCCGGGGCAAUUUAAAGCCCCUGGGAAGGCAGGCAGGGGGACAAAGACUUUUGCCCCCGCCAGCCUUCAGAAGAGGUCCUGGACCUCUUCUGAAGGUUGGCGGGGCGAAAGUCUUGUCCCCCACCUGCCUUCAAAAGCUGUCCAGCCAAGGCUUCGCGGACCUCUCCGCAAGCAGCGGCAGCACUGCCGCUGCUUGCGGAGAGUUGCCGGCAUGCCGAAGCCUGCGCGCGCUGAGAUCAGCGCGCCCAGGCUUCGCGGACCUCUCCGCGAGCAGCGGCAGCGCUGCCGCUGCUUGCGGAGAGUUGCCGGCAUGCCGAAGCCUGCGCGCGCUGAGAUCAGCGCGCCCAGGCUUCGCGGACCUCUCCGCGAGCAGCGGCAGCGCUGCCGCUGCUUGCGGAGAGUUGCCGGCAUGCCGAAGCCUGCGCGCGCUGAGAUCAGCGCGCCCAGGCUUCGCGGACCUCUCCGCGAGCAGCGGCAGCGCUGCCGCUGCUUGCGGAGAGUUGCCGGCAUGCCGAAGCCUGCGCGCGCUGAGAUCAGCGCGCCCAGGCUCGCGGACCUCUCCGCGAGCAGCGGCAGCGCUGCCGCUGCUUGCGGAGAGUUGCCGGCAUGCCGAAGCCUGCGCGCGCUGAGAUCAGCGCGCCCAGGCUCGCGGACCUCUCCGCGAGCAGCGGCAGCGCUGCCGCUGCUUGCGGAGAGUUGCCGGCAUGCCGAAGCCUGCGCGCGCUGAGAUCAGCGCGCCCAGGCUCCGCGGACCUCUCCGCGAGCAGCGGCAGCGCUGCCGCUGCUUGCGGAGAGUUGCCGGCAUGCCGAAGCCUGCGCGCGCUGAGAUCAGCGCGCCCAGGCUUCGCGGACCUCUCCGCGAGAAGCGACACCGCAGCCGCUGCUUGCGGAGAGAUGCCGGCAUGCCGAAGCCUGCGCGCGCUGAGAUCAGCGCGCCCAGGCCUCGCGGACCUCUCCGCGAGCAGCGGCAGCGCUGCCGCUGCUUGCGGAGAGUUGCCGGCAUGCCGAAGCCUGCGCGCGCUGAGCACAGCGCGCCCAGGCUCGCGGACCUCUCCGCGAGCAGCGGCAGCGCUGCCGCUGCUUGCGGAGAGUUGCCGGCAUGCCGAAGCCUGCGCGCGCUGAGAUCAGCGCGCCCAGGCUCGCGGACCUCUCCGCGAGCAGCGGCAGCGCUGCCGCUGCUUGCGGAGAGUUGCCGGCAUGCCGGAGCCUGCGCGCGCUGAGAUCAGCGCGCCCAGGCUCGCGGACCUCUCCGCGAGCAGCGGCAGCGCUGCCGCUGCUUGCGGAGAGUUGCCGCAUGCCGAAGCCUGCGCGCGCUGAGAUCAGCGCGCCCAGGCUCCGCGGACCUCUCCUGCCUUCAAAAGCCGUCCGGGAUAGCGGGAAGCGCUUCCCUGCUAUCCCGGACUGCUUUUAAAUGCUGGCGGUGGGAGCAAAGCCUUUCGGCCCCGCCAGCCUUCCUGGACCUCUUCUGAAGGCCGGAGGGGGAAGGCUUUGCUCCCCACCGCUAGCAUUUAAAAGAGGUCCUCGGAGAUUUCCCUAUGGGCUUUCGUCUUGCGAAGCAAGCCCAUAGGGAAAUUCGUUUUGCGAAGCGCCUCCAAAACGGAAAACCCUUUCGUCUAGCGGGUUUUCCGUCUUGCGAGGCGUUCGUCUUGCGGGGCACCACUGUAGUUAAUGUGUGGAGUUGGUUUGUUUGGCUCAAAACACUCGAUUUUUUAUUUUUAUUCUUAAAUUCCAGAUUGCUUUUGGCUUCUUGAUUCUCUUCUUCAAUACACAUCUUAUGGAGUUAUGCCACCAAGCCUCAGCCAUUCAGAAAACAGACAACGACCUCCAACAGGCAUAGGCUAUGCUCUUCCAGAGCGAAUGGAAGGUGAUUUUCAUUUGAUUUGUGCUGCUACAGAUGAGCUGUGGUAGUAUUUGGCCUGGGAGUAGGGUGGAUGGUCCCAUUAUUAUUAUUCUCAGACUUAUUAGUUGCUGUUUAAACACAAAAACAAAAUGCAAAUUCAAAGCGACUUGCAGUGUAAUGUACAGUGGUACCUCGGGUUAAGAACUUAAUUCGUUCCAGAGGUCCAUUCUUAACCUGAAACUGUUCUUAACCUGAGGUACCACUUUAGCUAAUGGGGCCUCCCGCUGCCACCGUUCGAUUUCUCUUCUCAUCCUGAAGCAAAGUUCUUAACCCGAGGUACUAUUUCUGGGUUAGCGGAGUCUGUAACCUGAAGCGUCUGUAAACCGAGGUACCACUGUAAUACAAAAAUCAAAAGCACUAUAAAGCUAAAACAAGCUAAAAACACUAAUAUACAUAGAAAGCAGUCUAGCAUUCCGCACACUUAGUGUCUAAAAAUCUCUUAAGUUAAAGGCCAAUAAUCUGGCUGGGGGGAAAAAGUUGUUGCCUGGCCUGGUGCCUAAAUGUAGCCAGCAGUGGACCCAGGCAGGUCUCCCCAAGGUGACCAUUCCAUAAGUGGGAGAUCUACCACUGAAAAGGCCCAUUCUCAUGUUGCCAGCUUCUGGAUCUCCCUCAGAGAAGGCACACAGAGAAAGGACCUCAGAUGAUGAACACAAGGUCCAGGUUAGUUUACUGCUCUUACCUACCUCAGUCUGUUUGGCAGGGUUCAUAACGGGCAGGGGUCAAAUGCAAACGUGGUGGGAGGAGGGGAGGGGAAAUGCAGGCUCUUGGACAGUCUCCCAAUAUCUGCCCCCCACUUCAGGUUGACUGCUUCCAUGGGAAGCAUGAGGCAAAUGUAUCUGCCCUCCAACCAGAACACUCGCUCCAUGCCUCCACCUACUGUAGAAUUUGGGAGGGCAUGUGUACUCCAGGAAUGGCAAGAUGUGUUCCUCAUGUUUAGAAAACAGCACGGGCAGCAGGCAGGGAAUUAUCUUCUGGUAUAACUGUUUCGCUGUGUGAUUUCAGGUAACCAUCUUCAUCGAUAUUCGAAGGUGCUCGAGGCUCACCUGCGUGACCCUAAGCCCCGCUCACUCCCAGCGUGUCCUCAUUUGUCUUGGGCAAAGCCACAGCCUCUGAACGAAACGGCUCCCAGGUUGCAAUUUCUGAUUUUGCUAAAUCCACCUUUAGUUUCCAGUUUCCAGUUUUGAAUGUAAUCAAUAUGGCACUCAAUCAACACAGUAUUUUGUCUGAUUAACUUUCCAGGCAUAUGAAUGAUACUGUUAAAAUGUAAUUAAAAACAUACCAAAAAACCCCCUAGAACCAGCAGUUAGCUGAAUUCACACACCAGAUUCGCAAGAAACCUGUCUGCUUCCUCCCCUCCCAAAAAAUAGUUUCUAGCUCUCCUGAUUGUGGAGAUGAAAAUGCCAUCCUUAAUAUUUAAGGCCCGCCAUCUAGAAGUGAAACAACAUGGAACGCCAGACCUUGCAGUUGAGGCCAGGUGAAGCAAAUGUGGUGUGUACCCAGCAUGCACUGACUUCCCAGUUGCUCAGACCAUCAAGACAGGCCAUGGGUUUUCAUAAGAUUUGGGGAGUAUCACCUGACCUCUUCUGACCUAUAGAUGUAAGGAUGUCCACUGUGGCUAGUCUCUGCAGUUUCCAUGUGCCACUGCCCAGCUCUGGCCAAACAAGGCUGAGUCUGCCUGACGUAGUUUGCAAUCCUAGGUUGUAUCCCACCUAAGAUGUACAUAGAGUAGACCCACUGAAAUGUUCAGAUAUUCAAAAUGUUUUCUAGGAAUCUUGAUUGACUAGUAGCCCAGUGUACAAAUAGUUUUGGAUGCUUUCAUUUUUUCCAGCAACCUAUGGAAACAUCAGAAGUUACUGUCAAUCGACCUGGACAAAGUGGCUUUACCAAGUUUCCGUCAGAACCGACCCCAAGUAAGGCCUUUGUCACCUGGAGAAAGUGGAGCCUGGGAUAUUCCAGGGGGUAGGUGCCAGAAUGGUGGGACACCUGUUGCCCGCAGUGCAUCACAGCACCCUAAAUGAGAUAGAAGCAUACACACCUAUGCAGAAGAAAUACAGAGACAUCUGGAAUCAUCUUGAUCCAACUUUUAGUUAUCAAGAUUACACCUCAUUUAUGCCUCUUUAGUAUGUAUCUUUUGGCCAUAAUUAGUGCUAGCACACCUGCCCACAGUACUCACAGGCAUACCUUGUGAAAUUUCUGGCUUUUGAUAUUUUGGAAAAGUAGUUUUCACUUUCUACGUAGAGUAGUCUGAUAAGCAGCCCCUGUAUGUCUGCCAUUGAAAUUCCUCUUGGGGAAUGCUCUAUGGCACACACCCUGUUUAUGCACACUGAUGCCUAGCCAUGAUGGACACCCCCCAUGUGAACUCAAAGAACACCCUGGAGCAGGGGUGGGAAACCAUUUUUAGCCCAAGGGGCCACAUUUUCUCAUGGGCAGCCUCCAAGGGGCCACAUGCUAGUGGUGGGUGUGGCCAGAUGUGUACCACUCUCCAUACAGGCAAGGAAGAGUUCAUAGUUCUGGGAUACUUUACAGCCAGGUAAAAUCAAUAGAGGAGGGCACAUAGUAGGUUCACUGUUUCAUAUUCUAAAAUUGGUUUUCAAAUGGUAGUCUCCCCCACAAGGGAAACUUUAGGCAGGCCUAUGCUUUUGAUGAUCAGCUUUAAUAUAAUUGCAUAGAAGUGAUCCCUGGUUGAAAUCAGUGAGUUGUAUCCAACCAAGUCCUACUCAGAGUAGACCCAUUUGAAAUUAGUGGGCCUAAGUUGGCCAUGACUAUUAAUUUCAGUGAGUUUACUCUGAGUAAGACUGGCAACCCAGUAGUUGUGUGGCAAUUUCUACAACUCUUGUUUGUCCAUGGCUUAAUGCAUCCUUGGCUUGCUUACAUUAAUCUCCUCCCUUUCCCAUACAGGAAUAAUGCCUGGACGGUACAACCAGGAUGUGGGAGGGACGAUACCCGUCUUUGCGUUACUCGGUGCUAUGGUGGUCCUGGCCUUCUUUGUGGUGCAGAUCAAAGCUAAGAGCAGGCCAAAGAGACGGAAGCCCAGAGUCAAGCGGCCACAAAUUAUACAGCAGGGUCACCUACCAAAGACACCGUCUGUUUGACCACAGUUGCCAAAGAUUACCUUCUACUGGCUGCUUCAUGGAAUUAUGAUGAUCGUUACUAAUGAAGAUUGUUUGUGCCUGGCAUUUGGUGACUGAUUCAAGCAGGAACCCAUGUUUUCUUUGGCUACUGACAAAACAAGAACUCAGUGGAUCAUCACGAGAUUUUUUUAUAAAAAACUACUAUUAUUUUCAGUAGCUGAAUCCACCAAAGCCUUGAGCACUAUUUAAAAAGAACCGAUAUGUUGUUCUAUUUCCCAAAAAGGGAGGAAAAGAGACCUUUUUUUCCUUUUCUUUUAAACUGACCAAACCUUUUCAUUAGAGGCUAUUUUCUAUAUUUAUUUUAGGAAGAACUUGGGAGAAGAGCCUCUUCAAGGCUCUUGGGUAUCUGAUAGCAGAACCAUUUUUCUGAAUGGAAUGCAAUUUUCUAAUACUAUAUAUUACAAAGAGAAAUAAAACUCGCAACAUCCUGCUGUAAGGACGAAAAUGCAAAACUGACAGGGAGAAGGGGACAAAUCAGUGUGGCAAAAUCCUUCUGUUUAUUUUUAUAAAGCAACUUACCAUGAUGUUUUGUAAUUUUUUGGCAUGAUUUCACCAUUGUUGGUGGAGAAAAUUUUUCCAAUAAAUAUGUUACCUGUAUCGAAGCUGAAACAAAAAUGCAUAGAAGUUUUUCCUCCUUGAAAGCUUGGGUAGGAAGCAGUUCUGCAAUCCUUUCUUCAUGUUUGCCAAAACCUUUUCAUUUGUGAACAUAAGCACUUUGAUUGGGUUUUGACUGCCAAAUAGAAUGGCCUGGCUUGCACACUAAGCUAAACCAUGGCUUAGCAUGCAAGUAUGCAGACUCUGGGACAGGAAAUAGUGGCUGCUUACCACCUCCACCACCCCAAUAUUAUUCUGAUGCUGUGCUGAACUUAACCCAUGGCUUUCCUUAGCAUGUAAUCAAAAACAGACUGCAACCAAACCACAAACUGCAACCAAGUUUUGCUUAUGGUUUACGACUUGUGGUUGGUUCAAGAGAUCUAUAUCAGAGCCCGGGUUCAUUUGACACAGUAAGUCCCAGUGGUAUCUUCUUUGAAUGACAGCAGAUCCCUGCACAUGGUCUGGCCCUGAGGUGCAACUUAUAUUGCAAUAAGUUUCUGUAAUUUCACAUGCCUUCAAAUUGGGAUCCAAUUUGGCAUGUGUAAAUUCAGUUGUUUUUUUUAAAGAUGUUGGAGUGGAGAGAAAUUUUACCACCCAUGCACCUCUUGAUUAUCAUGCUGUGAUUACUCAGUAUCAAGGACUAAAGUGAUGCCGUGGAUGGGUGUUGCAUUUAUUUAUUUAUUUAUUUACUUACUUCCUUUUAUAUCCUGCCAGACAGAGAGAUCUGGAGGGUUGUAUUUCUCAAAACCGGGAUAAAUGAAAUGCAAAUUGCAAGGCACUGAAACCGUCCCUUUAACACAAGCUUAUCAAGUUCAUUUUUCUUACAUUUUGCUGUGCCUCAAAACUCAACUGUGCGACAGGCUCAAGAACUCAGCAGCUGAAGCUAUCCCAUCUGCAUGCUUUGAAAAGCAACCUUCUGCCAAAUUUCUGCUUGUCAGGCUCUUAAAAAAAGAAAAAAUAUAUAUGAGCCCAACCAGAAAUGAGGAGACUUUCAGUAAAGCACUUAACCCUUGAAAGGCACAGGUUGAGAGGCCAAUUGAAGGGCCCUCAGAGCUGCAGCAGUGAGCAGGUGAUAAUGCUGGAAAGGUAAUCUCUUUAGGAAGGCCAACCAAAAAGGUCACAAAAUUAUGACUAGCUUCUAAAUUCUUCAGAGUUCUUUAUUGAGCAAGAUGUAACACAAAUCAGGUGGGGUGGAGAGAAGGAUAAAAAUACAAAAAAAAAGUGGUUGGAUGUUGUAGCCAUGAGAUCAAUUUAUGGAGAUUGUGGGGCUGAGUGAGGUCUUCCUGGGUGCUACAGAUACCUAAGGGUUGUCAGGACAGGAGCAUCCCAGACUCUGAGAUUUCAGGGCCCAGACCUGAGAACUAGUGGCAACCCCUGGUGAAGUCAUUAAGCAUUAACCACACUCUCUGGGAGUAUGUCAUUUGAAGCACAUACAAAGUCUUAACAAAUGAGCAAAUAUGUCAGUGGUUGGAAAUUAAGAUAGAACAUUAGCUAAAGCAGGUGUUCUUGUAAGUAAGUACUGUAUGCAUUUAAUUUCCUCCUCCCCCCACUAUCUACAUUUUUGUACUCCACAAAAGUAAAAACUGCAAGGAUCCUCAUUUUACACCAAAAACAGAGCUUUCCAAACUUCUGCUUUACACACUGUGUUUAAGAUGGGGCGGGGGUGGGAGAGAAGCCAAAAAUACCAAUGGGCUAGCAGAAGCCCCUUUUCUGAGCCAAUAUAGCUCUGUCUUCAAUCCAGAUUUUAGCUGGGAAAACUCCCUUUCCAGAGAAGGGUACUUGGUAGCUUAAUUCCUUUAGACGGUCUCUUGGCUGUCCUCCCAGCUUGCCUCUAAAUAAAAUAAACUAGCAGCUAGUCAUGAAUUCUAGCUUUUACACAGCAUUCUGGCCAUGUAACCAGAUAUUUAACACACACAUAUACCCUGGGGCAUGUUUGAAGGUUUUUUUUUAAAUGUGCAGUUGGUCACAAAUGUGUGGUUUGAUAAAUGGGAGUGGAGGGGAAUUAAAUGUGUUACGUGUGUGUGCUUAUUAAGUACUUAAAGGCAGGCAAUGUCAGGGAAAGCAUAUAUUGUAUACCAAUUGUUCAGUUUCCAUACUUAAGACAAUCUGCCCAAACCGUAUAAAAUGCUGCUACCUUCUUUUGGCUGGGGCUGCCACCUCUUCAUCUUCCUCUUCUGUCAGGUAAUAGGCAUUUGCAUCCUUUAAUAGUAAAUACCUUUAAAGUACUCAUUUUUUGAUGUGUCUGCUGGCGUCACUGUAUAGUAAAUAAGAAAUACCCUCUCCUGUCGAGAAACUGCCACUGAUCCAGGGUAAAGGAAACAAGGAGCAAAGCACACUUCUCUUGGUUUGGCAUUUUUCUUCUAUUUUUAGUGUGCGGUGUCUGACUGGGAAUUUGUGCAGCUACAAAAUCUGCUUUUAAAAAAUCACUGGCAUAUUUCUGUGGGCAGCUGACAAUCUUACCUGUAAUGAUCCAAUGAGUGGAAUAAUCUCUGGCCUCCAUACUCCUACAUGAGCUAUGGAGAUGGGUUUUAUUUAAGUAUGCCUCUUCAGGAAAAAAAAUAGAUUUAAUUUAUAAAGAAAAAUUGAAUUUAUACUGCUUUUGAGUUUUAGUGUGGGCUGUGAUUUAUUUUUGGAUUAUUAUUUAACAAUGCCUGAGGAGUUCUCUUUCUUUUUUUACUGUUUUUUUAACAGUUUCUUGACGGAAAGACAGUGGAAAUUCUAGAAUUAACAAACCAAUUAAUUAGCACUGAGGCUCAAGGACACGACUUCUGCCUAUGUGGCAUAAAAAUCUUGAGGCAGGCAGAGUUUCCACUAGUGCGGCUCCCCCCCGCCCCCAAUGUAUUCCUGUAGGGAGGAGGUGGGAAACAAAUGAGCCAGUUUAAGCCUGCUGAAUAUUCCCCAAGCUCGUGUGUUUGUAAAAUGCUUAAAGAUGUUUUCUUAUUUUUUCAACAAACAGCCUGGCUGAGAAAAUCAACUCUGCCUUCUUCAGUUGCCAGGUCUGCAAGGGAUGGAUGGAGCUAAGCUAAUCAAGGAUUAAGCCAGCAAGUGGAUACAGCUGGAGGCUGUUUAAACUAUAGGUAUAGCCCACUGUCCACAAGCAGAACAUGAAGGCAGGAAGAAGGGAGUGGCUAUGGGGAGGGAGAGAUUGUGUUGCAAUCUGAGAGAGACAAACUAUAUCCCCCCCCUUCCUAAAGUCAGGAGACAGGAGCAAAGAUCACCCCCUCCUCUAUAUUGGAGUUUCCUAAGGAUAUCCUCCAUGAUGGGACUAGUCCUGGAUAUCUCUUCUCCUCUCUGAAUGCUGCAGAAAAGGUGUUCGUGGCCAACAUGGGUAUAGUUGCUUGCUUCUCUGUCUUUCUCUAUAUACUAAUGAAACUGAUCUGAUAACUUUGCACUUCUCUAACUCUUGUCUUUUGCCUGCACCUUUUUUCUUUAAAUACGUUUGUGGUGUUGUGGGUGUUGCUUGCUGGUUGUCUCCUGCUGGGAAUGUGAGCCUAGUACUUGGAAGAAGAGGAGGUACUGGUAUUUUAACCCAGGAGGAGGAGAAAACUGUUUUUGGGGCUCCAUAAACAACAGGCAAAGGCUUGUAGCUGCAUGUUUGAGCCUCCUCCUGGGAAAUGGUGGUUUUGGGGUGGGGUUUUUUUUUGGGGGGGGGGUGUCUGGGAAUACAGGAUGGUGCUGCUUGAGAUGCCUUAUCUGUACCAGACCUUUUGUGUGUGCAAGUUUAUCAUUUGCACAAUAGGGGGAAAUUUUGUUUUGUAUUUACAUGUGAAUUCCCUUAAUUCACACUGCCUGAGAGCUGAAAUGCAGCUUUCCUUUGAAAUUAAUACCUCUGAAAUUUGUGGUGUGGUUCUCCAACACAAGUAUGAGUAUUUUAAAAAAGUAUACUUUGUCUGAAAGUGUGCAUAAACAUGUUAAGAUAACACUAAAAUGCAUUAUAUUGGAGUGUACAUUUGGCGAAAUAGCGUACAAAAAGUGAAUAGUGGAGGAAAUGUGCAUUAGUUCACUGAUGAAUUUUCUCCCCCCCCAAAAUGUGGAAAUGUGGGGAACUGAACUUGACUGGAAAAAUGAGAAAGCCAAAUGGAAAGAUUCAUCCAUCCCAGUCUGCAGAUACAGUGGUACCUCAGGUUACAUACGCUUCAGGUUACAGACUCCGCUAACCCAGGAAUAGUGCUUCAGAUUAAGAACUUUGCUUCAGGAUGAGAACAGAAAUCGUGCUCUGGUGGCGCGGCAGCAGCAGGAGGCCCCAUUAGCUAAAGUGGUGCUUCACGUUAAGAACAGUUUCAGGUUAAGAACGGACCUCUGGAAUGAAUUAAGUGCUUAACCCGAGGUACCACUGUGCUAUGUUUCAAAGCAUGCAUAUGUACCUCCCCAGUUUCUGUAAUAGUAUUACGAAAGUUGAGUGCCCCCUCCAAUCACUGCUGACUCAAGUGGGGUUCCAGGCGCUCACCCAGGGUCUGUGUUCCUUUGGAGAGAUUGGGCACAAUGGAGGCUAGUGUCUUAAUAAUAUAGGGUUUAUUUUACACAUAAAUACAACCCUUAGUCUCCAAAUGAGCACACAGCAGCAGCACUACAAAACAUUCCAGCUUAUCCUUACAGUUGCAUCGCCGACAUCCUUUUUCGCUCUGCCACUUGUCUUGGUCUUCUGAGGUGAAUCCUUUCCUCCUUCCUGGUCCCAUAUUUCCUAAUUCUGCUGUUCCUAAAACCUAAACCUCCUUUAUUCAUUUGCUCUAAUAGUUGGUUCUUUUGAUGUUUUGAAGAAGUAAUGGUUAAUCCCCUCUGGCAUCACCUAACAAAGGUCACCUGACUUCAUCAACGACUAGGAUUAAAGACUAGUGCACACUUAGGACAUUUACCUAGGUUAAUUAACUCUUCACAUGCUAAUUGCUUUUGCUCAGAAGUAGGUUCAUACAUGGCUCUAGAUUACAUUCUCAAGUCUUUACACAUAAACACUGAUUAAACACCUCAAACCCCUUACAUAAACCCCUUCUAAUGCACAACGAGACUGCCUUAUAACAUACCUCAGUUAUAACAUACAAGUUCUAAUUAAAUCCUGUUUUGUUGUUUAGUCGUUUAGUCGUGUCCGACUCUUCGUGACCCCAUGGACCAGAGCACGCCAGGCACUCCUGUCUUCCACUGCCUCCCGCAGUUUGGUCAGACUCAUGUUUGUAGCUUCGAGAACACUGUCCAACCAUCUCGUCCUCUGUUGUCCCCUUCUCCUUGUGCCCUCAAUCUUUCCCAACAUCAGGGUCUUUUCCAGGGAGUCUUCUCUUCUCAUGAGGUAGCCAAAGUAUUGGAGCCUCAGCUUCACGAUCUGUCCUUCCAGUGAGCACUCAGGGCUGAUUUCCUUCAGAAUGGAUGCAUUUGAUCUUCUUGCAGUCCAUGGGACUCUCAAGAGUCUCAACCAGCACCAUAAUUCAAAAGCAUCCAUUCUUCGGCGAUCAGCCUUCUUUAUGGUCCAGCUCUCAUUUCCAUACAUCACUACUGGGAAAACCAUGGCUUUAACUAUAUGGACUUUGUUGGCAAGGUGAUGUCUCUGCUUUUAAAAAUGCUGUCUAGGUUUGCCAUCGCCUUUCUCCCAAGGAGCAGGCGUCUUUUAAUUUCGUGACUGCUGUCACCAUCUGCAGUAAUCAUGGAGCCCAAGAAAGUAAAAUCUCUCACUGCCUCCAUUUCUUCCCCUUCUAUUUGCCAGGAGGUGAUGGGCCCAGUGGCCAUGAUCUUCGUUUUUUUGAUGUUGAGCUUCAGACCAUAUUUUGCGCUCUCCUCUUCACCCUCAUUAAAAGGUUCUUUAAUUCCUCCUCACUUUCUGCCAUCAAGGUUGUGUCAUCUGCAUAUCUGAGGUUGUUGAUAUUUCUUCCAGCGAUCUUAAUUCCGGCUUGGGAUUCAUCCAGCCCAGCCUUUCGCAUGAUGAAUUCUGCAUAUAAGUUAAAUAAGCAGGGAGACAAUAUACAGCCUUGCCGUACUCCUUUCCCAAUUUUGAACCAAUCAGCUGUUCCAUAUCCAGUUCUAACUGUAGCUUCUUGUCCCACAUAGAGAUUUCUCAGGAGACAGAUGAGGUGAUCAGGCACUAAAAAUUACUAAACCUAAACAUUUAGCACCACAGAUCUAUUACAAGAGAAAGAAUGAGGAAGAUUGACUCUUGGGAUGGGAAUCCUCCUCCUUGGUGAAUCCCUUUCAAAAUAUUUAUUUUGCAAUUAUUUUGUAGAUAUUUUGUAGGGAUGUGGUGGAACAGGGUUGUGUGUCAUACUUUCAUUACAUGCUAAGCAAAAUGUCCAUGGUGGUUAAGGGGUGGAGAAAGGAGGGGCAUGUAUGCCGCAAGACCCUUGUGGGUGUGGUGUAGCUCUAGGGUAACGGAUGCCGAAGGCAUGUGACGAUCUUCUCUCCCUUAGUUCCCAGGCAUCUCCUUGUAGAGUAACCCUUUGAAUUGUUUUUCGGGGCAGAGUAGACAGUACUGAGCUAGAUAGAUCAGAGGUCUGGCUUGCAUCAAGGCAGCUUCUGAUUUUGUGAAGUGUGGUGUUUUGAUAGACAUAAAGGUAAAGUGUAAAGGGACCCCCGACCAUUAGGUCCAGUCGUGACCAACUCUGGGGUUGCGGCGCUCAUCUCGCUUUAUUGGCCGAGGGAGCCGGCAUACAGCUUCCGGGUCAUGUGGCCAGCAUGACUAAGCCGCUUCUGGCGAACCAGAGCAGCGCACGGAAAUGCCGUUUACCUUCCCGCCAGAGUGGUACCUAUUUAUCUACUUGCACUUUGAUGUGCUUUCAAACAGCUAGGUUGGCAGAAGCAGGGACCAAGCAACGGGAGCUCACCCCGUCGCGGGGAUUCGAACCACCGACCUUCUGAUCGGCAAGUCCUAGACUCUGUGGUUUAACCCACAGCGCCACCCGCUUCCCAGCUUUGAUAGACAUAAAUGGUAACAGUUCACUUAUUACGGAAUAAAGUAACUCAUCGUUGUGAGAGCAUAUUGUUAUACUUUUUUUGGGGGGGGGUGUCAGGCUGUAUGGUACCUGUGGGUCCCUUCCAGGUCUGUGAUUCUGUAUCUAUGAGGUUUGGAUCUGUAAGAGAAAACCUGCUGAACCAGUCAAGCCAGCUCCUUUUUUAAGGUAGUGCCUUAGCUGCUCAGCUGAACGCUCAUCCACACUUCUUGUCCUGACGCUUUUCCCUGGGGAAAAUUUCUCUCAGCUGGAGCAAACAGCAAUUUGGGGCUUCUCCAGAUCAACAUUUGCUCUGAUAUAGUGCUAAAGAGUGGGUUUUCCCUGGGAAAGGAGUGUGAGGCAAGGGGACCUGUGCCUAGAAAGCAUGGGUCAAGCAAAUACUGCUCAGAUUAAUGUUUUCUAGGCAUGGGACAAGCCCUAAGAACAGUACAUGUUAGCAGCAUCUUAAAGAGUGAACUCUGUUGAUACAGAAGCAAAUGGAUGGGCCUUCUCUCACCUGGCUGGAUGUCCCAUCAUUGUAGGAUAGAGAAAUCAUUUUCUCUUUCUUUCUUUCUUUCUUUCUUUCUUUCUUUCUUUCUUUCUUUCUUUCUUUCUUUCUUUCUUUCUUUCUUUCUUUCUGUCUUUCUCUCUCUCUCUCUCACCCACCCACCCACACCCACAAUCAAUCUUCUUGUUAUAUAAAUUACUGGGACCUGGAAAUAUUGACUGAUCAGCUGCUGACCUGGGCUCCUUUGAGAGUAAUGCUGGGAUAUAAAUUUAAUAAAUAAAACUGAAAAAUCACCCAUAUACCUACCAUUAGAUCUUGAGAUAUGACAGCUUUGAGGGUUUAUUUUUAUUUUUUCAAAAAAACCAACUGGUAUAUAAAUUUUAAUUAAUAAAUAAGACAGUAUCCAAACUUUCUGGAAACAUACAUUUUUGUUUCCCAAGCUUUUCUAGCUUGAUGAAAAGGUCUCUGGGCCUGGAUGUCCACUCGAUGUUGUUUUUGAAGUUAUAUUUGGUUGUUCUUGUACUGUUUUUAUAGCUGUUUUAACUGCUUUCAAGGAUAUGUCUGUGAAGUACCCUGGGACAUAUGUAUGGAAGGCGGUUCACAAAUAAAUUAAUGGGAAUGAUGAAGAUGAUUAUCAGUGUUUGCCCGUCCUGUGUGGAAAGGCUCAAACUUCUUCUUUUAAAAAUAAAAUAAAAUCCUGAAGCCAUAUUGCUGCUUCACUAUCUUGUAUAGUCAGAAGAUUCGAAAAUGUGAUGUGUGUAUCAUGGUGAUGAUUUGUGGAGAGGGUCGUCUCCUCCAUCCUGGCCUCCCCCAUUCCUGCCUGUGAAGUUGGCAGCUUAACCAAUUUUCCAGCUAGGUUGACAAAGGAUCGGCAAGGUCAAGGGACCUGCCAGAGGUUACCCAGCAAGUCAUUGGCUCAGCCAGGAUUACAGCAGAGGUUAAACAGCUUAACGAAGGCAGAAAAAAAAAUGAUUAAAUAAUCUCUAAUCAGGCUGACAUCUUGCAUACCAAACUUUUUACUUGGUGCAAUUAUAAAUAACUAGCAGGAAAAAAAGCACUUUCUCUUAAGAGUGAAGCUGAGGAGGCUCUGCGCUGGAUUCUCCAAUAGAUUCUUCUAUAGUUGAAAGAUUUGCCCAUAGUUGGAAAUGAUACUCGUUUGCAUGAGUGUGCUCUUUUUAAAAUCUCUCCCACCCCCAAUAAUUUGUAAACAUGGCUAAACUUCAUCCAUUCAUUUGGAUUGGCUCUGAUAAUAAGGGCAAUAAUGGAAGGUUCCUUGUAAGACUGCUUGCUGGUCUGAUGUUAGGAAAGCUAAGGCAGUAAUGUGGCUAGAGCAGUAACAGAGGAACUUUUGUUGUUGGACUAUGGUUUAACAUCAUCCCUGAUCAUUGGUGAAGUUUGCUGGGGCUGAUGGGAGCUUGAGCCUAACAACCCAUGGAGGGCAACGUGUUCCCCACCCCCGAGGACUUGGGCUGGGGAGACCUGGAUUUGAAUCCCUCUGUGGACUGUGAUGUUCAACCUUGGGAUGGUCCAUCUCUUCCUAGUGCAAUAAACUGGGGUCACUCAGUCCAUGUAUGCCAUCUUGAGCAACUUGGAGGAAGGGUGAGGCAUAAAAGGAUUUAAGUAGUUAUGGCCAUGAAGGAAGUAUUGACCAUGACGAAUGGCUUAAUGUAGAGAAGAGCAGGUUAAGAAGGAUGGGGAGCAUAAGGAUGGUCUUAAGGUGAUCAGUUGCCCAUUGCAAAAAAUAAGACAGAUCGCAUGAAAUAUGCAUAUAUUAAUCUGUAUGUAUACUCAUGUAUGUUUUUCAUUUUAAAUGUUACCCAUUGCUUCUAAAUCCAUAUCUAAUUUAGAAACAAUGGUUACAAUUUAAAUUGGGGGGACCCAGUUAUGAAGCCUAUGACCACCAGGUGUCCUGUGUUCCUGCUCAGUCCCCUGUCCAGGUGCUCAUUGUUUGUGGGCAAUUUCAGAGUCCACCUCUGGUCUCCCUUCUUAGGUUCCUUUACCUUUAAACUGGACUUGAUCUGGAAAGCCUUUCAAAUAGUACAGUUAAAACUAUCUGGGUCUUCCUGUUAGGGCAGGGAAGGGGAACUCUAUUGGCUCUAUGGACCAUCUCCUGAUCUGGAUCUCCUGUGGGGACCAUAUUUGGCAGGGCGCAGAGGGUUGCAAAGAGUUAAUCAAAGUGUCUGAGGCUUCACCCACCCAUUGGCUGAUGGGCUGUACAGCCAAAGCCUGUUUUCUGCAGGCAUCAUAUGUACAAACAGGUUUCUCAGGAACUGAUCCAGUGGAUGGGUGCAGGGCUGGAUUAAGACCUCUAGAGGCCCUAAGCACUUAAAAUAUUUUGGUGCCCCCAUAUAUAUCUAAUUCAAAAUAUAAACAAUAAUAAACCAUAAAAUAAAAUUGUAUUUUUCAAAAUGAAACAAAACCUAAUUACAAGAAAGGAGAUCCUGACUAAAUAUUGGAAAUAAUUUUCUAAUGGUGGAACCUUGAAAGGUGAUGGGCUCUCCUUCAUUGGAGGUUUUUAAACAGAGGUUGGGUGGCCAUGUGGAUUUUUAGCUGUUUGCUGUGUUGUGGGAGGUUGAUAUUAGAUGAUUGUUUGGGUCCCUUCCAACUCCACAAUACUAUGAUUUCUCCAGUGAGCACUAGUUUGCCCUCCUUGUUGGGAUUCUCACUACUAGGAUACAUUUUCAUUUAGAGCGAGAAUCUCCAGCCACUCUCUUCUCUUCAAGUCUCUGCUAAUUGGCAGAUAGAUCUUUCCACAGUGUCACUAAUGAAAGAUUAGAGGCUGUUCCAGCGAGCCUUUGAAAAACCAGAACAAAAUUGUAUCAAAGUGCGCCAGUCCGCGCUGAGACUUUCUCAUUGGCUGAGUGCACCUUUUACAGCCCAAUGACUAAUUUCUAAAUCAUACAAGCCAAUUAUGCCCACAUUCCUUUGUGGCAGCUCACAAUGAUGAAGGCUGCAAAGGACACUUUAAAUGGCCAGGAACACCUUAGGUUGCAAAUAUAUAAUUGGGAUGACAGACACAAUUAGCCAUUAAUAAUUCCUUAUAGCAGCUGAUUAAAGUCUCUUUAUCCUGCUUACCAAGAUCAAAAGGUCACAUGGUUGGAAAAUAGAAGAAUGAAUUAAGAUGGUUGAGCUGUUGAUAAAUGCUCUUCAAGAGAAGAAGCUGCUUUAGUUGUGACAAAAACAUGUUUGUUUUUAUUCUAGAGGAAAUUAAUAUGGAAUUACUGCCAGUUCCUCCUUCAAGAUAUAUGCUGUUUCCUUGUUUUAUUAUGAUUUGGUUUAAACUUUUGAGUUGUAUCUGAGUAGGCCCAUUGAAAUGAAUGGUCAUGACUAACUUAGGCCCAUUAAUUUCUGUCAUGAUCAAUAAUUUUAAUGGGUCGACUCAGAGUAAAAGUUGGUUGAAUACAGCCUUUAGUUUUUAUUGUAAUAUAGUACACAAUGGGCCCUAUGCAUAAUUGCAAGAUGCCUUUGAAUAGUUGCCAUGUUGUAAGUGCUUCUGUGCCUUGUGCAAAGGGUGGCAAAUAAGCCAUCUAAAUAAAUGAAAUAUAUAUUUGAAUAGGGAGGAUGUGGAAAUCAUGGCAAUAUCUGCUUUACGAGGAAGCAUAGAGUGGUGGAAUGAAAUAAUCCCUUUUCAUUUGUACAAAAGGGACAAAGAGUUUUGGCCUAGCCAUUUAUCAGAUCUGCUGGUUUUCUAGCUGUGUAGAAUUUUAUUUUUCCAUGUGCCCUGUGAGCCCGCCUUCCACUUGCAGUAGCAAAGCCUAAGUGAUGCAUCCCAGAUCAGGGAUGUAUAAACGCGCCUCAGUCUCUUCCAACAUUCAUUUGCAGUUCCGUCUUACAUUUUCCAUUCUCUUGCAGUUGGUUUAUUUUGCAUUAAGUCUGUCUUCCAGAAAGAUAUGGUGAGUUGUUGUUUUUUUAUGUAAGGUAAAGGGACCCCUGACCAUUAGGUCCAGUCGUGACCGACUCUGGGGUUGUGGCGCUCAUCUCACUUUAUUGGCCGAGGGAGUCGGCAUACAGCUUCCGGGUCAUGUGGCCAGCAUGACUAAGCCGCUUCUGGCGAAACCAGAGCAGCACACGGAAACACCGUUUACCUUCCCGCGGGAGUGGUACCUAGUUAUUUAUUUGCCUUUGACGUGCUUUCAAACUUCUAGGUUGGCAGGAGCAGGGACCGAGCAACAGGAGUUAUAUCAUAGUAAAAACACACAUCUUAGCCAUCAACCGAUAUUUGCAAAUCAGUUUCCUUCCCUCUGUGUUCCCUUCCAAAAUGAAUGAAUGUUCGGUGGGGUUCGUCCUUUGCAGCAAAGACAAGUCUUAAAGGCAAAGUCAAUGAAGUGGAUAAUUGCCCAUCACAAAACCAUCUAGGGUUGCAAUCUUAGCCAUGUCUACUCAGAAGUAAAUAUCACUGAAUUUAGUGGGACUUACUCCCAGGUGAGUGGGGCUAGGGUGCUGUCUUGGCUUCAUUUCACAGUUGAAUAUAAACUUGUCAUCCUCUCUCAUUUGGGAGGGACAGUUUAGCAUUUGCUGGGUUAUAUGAAUUAUUCCUUCACUCAGUGUAACUUAACCAAAUGGAAGUCCUUUUUUAAACUGCAGCAUUUUAUUUCUAGAAGGUCCAGAGGGUGGCAACACAACAACUGGCCUUUUUAGUGGUGCCUCCACACUUUUGGAAUACCCAGGGGAAGCUCACCUGGCAUCAUCAUUAGUGCCAGGCUAAAGCAUUUCUUUCUUUCUUUUUGCCAGGCCUUUAGCUCUUAAUUAUCUGUGGCCUCUUUGAGUGGGUAGGAUGUUUUAAUCCUGCCUUUUAAAAAUAGGAUUGCCUUUUAGAUUUUUCUUUAUUUUUCUUUUAUGCCAGUUUUGAUAUACGCAUUUGUUGGUUUAUACACCCUGUCCAUCCCACCACUUUUGCCAGCAGUGGAACACUCCUCUCUCACAAAGUUUUGACGAGGGGGGGGGCAUUCUAGCAUGCAGCAUUGCCGCACUUGACCCUGGGACAGAAAGGACAAGCUCCAAGGCCUUGUGGAACGCCCCCUCACAGAAACUUGGUAAAAGGAGGGGGGAGUUCCAGUGGUGGCAGAAAUAGUGUGGUGGCAGCAGGGGACAGAAGGUGGAAAAAUAGGACAGGCCGCCCCCGAUUGCAAGUGGCCCACAUGGACUGUUUAUUGGCAGGUUGGGGAAUUCUGAUUAUUUGGUCAUCAUGCUGUUUAGUGCUGUAUAGUGUAAGGGACGCGGGUGGCACUGUGGUCUAAACCACUGAGCCUCUUGGGCUUGCCGAUCGGAAGGUCGGCGGUUCAAAUCCCUGUGACGGAGUGAGCUCCUGUUGCUCUCUCCCACCUUCUGCCAACCUAGCAGUUCGAAAGCACGCUACUGCAAGUAGAUAAAUGGGUACCGCUGUGGCGGGAAGGUAAAUGGCGUUUCUGUGCGCUCUGGCUUCUGCCAUGGUGUCCCGUUGCACCAGAAGUGGUUUAGUCAUGCUGGCCACAUGACCUGGAAAGCUGUCUGUGGACAAAUGCCAGCUCCCUCGGCCUGAAAGCGAGUUGAGCACCGCAACCCCAUCAUCGCCUUUGACAGGACUUAACCGUCCAGUGGUCCUUUACCUAUACAGUGGUACCUUGGGUUACAGACGCUUCAGGUUACAGACGCUUCAGGUUACAGACUCCGCUAACCCAGAAAUAGUACCUCGGGUUAAGAACUUUGCUUCAGGAUAAGAAUAGAAAUCGCACGGCGGCAGCAGGAGGCCCCAUUAGCUAAAGUGGUACCUCAGGUUAAGAACAGUUUCAGGUUAAGAAUGGACCUCUGGAACGAAUUAAGUUCUUAACCUAAGGUACCACUGUAGUGCUGUUCUGGGCAUGUAUAUAAAUAAUGGACUGAUGCAGCUGCCUGCAUUUCUGGAUUCCCCUUGAGGGUGUGGCUAUUAAUUGACAAAAGCCUUUUGGUUGUAAAAGGGGGGAGGAAAUGGAAACCUGGCUGUACCUAUAACAGUUACAUUGUAAAGCUCAUGAAAGACUAGCUACACAAUUUGUUUGUAACUGGAGGUGUCCCUGAGCAUUUGCGAGCUGUGCGUACAAUUGCACAGUGAAUCAAGGGCAUUGCAUUGCUCUGUUGCACAUGUCUGUCCCAGUCUUCCUUGCUCCUUCAACUGCUUAUGUUGGACUCUGUUUGCAAAACAUCUCCCUGCAGAAUCUCAAGCAUCGUUGCUACUUUCUUGGUGCCCUGCUAAUUCCAUUAAGCAGCCACUGGAAGAAAACGUAGCCCUGAGCACGGCUUGGCUCAUUUUUAACAUGGAUAUACAAUGCAUGCCAUUCCUUCAGUCCAAGACUGGGGGGUGGGGAGGGCAAGAAACUUGCACUCUAUUCCUCACUUCGUCUUAAUGUUUCUGAAAUUUAGUCCUUUUACAAAGCAAAAAAUAAAAAUAAAUGGAUUGAUCCCACCAAAGAUCAGCGGAGGAAUCUGUUACCUGUUUCAAGUCAGCUUGGAUUUGCCCAGCUUUAAGAGACUAACCCCACCACUCCCUGGUCCUCCUUCUCUUUCAGAUAUGGAGGAGUUGGCUAGAGAGAGCAUCACCCUGUUAGCCAAGCCUACUCUGGAGUCAGGUAGCCCCAAUCUCUCCUCCGCUGGGGCUGUCUUUAUCAUGCUGAAAUCUGCCCUUGGAGCAGGGCUCUUGAAUUUCCCCUGGGCGUUCAAUAAGGCUGGAGGAGUCACCUCGGCUGUCCUUGUGGAGCUGGUAAGUGCCAAAGGAAAGACAUCCAGAUCUCUUGCAGAGUGACAGGCUGCUGGAAUAGAUAGGUGGGUGGAGGGUUUGAGGGUCUGGUCCUAGCCAAGUGGAUUUGGAAGCAAACCUCAUUGCAUUUUUAAUAGUUUAUUUUACUUCUAAUCUACCUAGUACUGCCUUCUUUUGCUUUGCAAGGCUCCCCUCCCAGCCAUGGUAUGUGGAUAGGGAUGGGGAAAUCUAUUAAUUUCAGUUUCUCAUUUUUCCACUCAUAAAUUCAGGACACCCCAUUUCUGCAGCAAUUUGCACAUACAUUUUUUAAAAAGUCUUCGUGAAAAUUUGUCAGCAUAUUUCUGUAUGCAAUUGUGCCUGAUACAUUUUUGCAAAUAAAUUUCCUAAAUAUUAUACAUUUUUGCAUGUUGUUUUCCCUAAUAUGUGGAUUAUUUUGCACGCUUCUCCCUCAAAUGCACAUUCCCCACCUCACUUUAUUUAUGGAGCACUUGCAUCACAACAUUCAGAGGAGCAUGAAUUUGGGAGCAAUGCUGUGUUUUGGUUCACGUACUGUUUUUGAAAGUGGGAAUCAGGUUGAUUUGCACUCACGCUUGAAUUGAACAGGAUUUCUCCCCAAUUCCUGAUGUGCAGAUGAUUCUCUAGUGGUUUCUGCAAAUACACGCAGUACUCUUCUCUUUUGCGGGGGGUGGGGCAGGAAAACAGUUUCCUAGUUUUGAUUCCUACAUUACAGAAUUGAAAAAAAAAAAAGGAACUGGAACAGGAUUCUGGAAAUGAGCUUUAUUUAUUAGUUUCAUUUAUGUCCCACUUCCCCCCAAGGAAAACAGAGCAUUGUACAUGGCUCCCUGCUCUGCAUUUUAUCUUCACAACAACAACCCUGUGAGGGAGGUUGAGGUAAGGGAGAGAGUGACUCAGGGUUAUGCAGUAACCUUCAAGGGUGAGCAUGGUCUUGGAACCUGGGUUUUCCCAGUCCUAGUUCAACCCUCACGGACUCUCUUUGGUGAUCACUGGCAGAAAGCAAGCCCUGAAUUUUCAGUAUGAUUUGGGGCUGCUGCAAGCUGAGUCUCGCAUUGUGGUGGGGAAAGAACUAUUUGGUACUUGACUCUAUUUCUACAGCUUAUUAAACGCAAACUUAUUAUAGUAUCUUUACUUAAGUGCCUGGUGCAACUAAUGGAUUUUAACACUCCAAAAUAUGCUGUGACUUAGGGAUGAAUUAUUUUGUCAAUGCCAGUUCCCCUCUGUUUCUCCUUUUUCCAAUCUUAAGUUCGGUUUUCUACGUUUCUGCUCAGGUUUGUGAUUUCUUAACAUUUUAGCACACGUUUCUCCUAAUACAUUCAUUUUUGCAAGCAGUUCUUCCUAAUACAAUGCAUUUUCGUAUGCAUGGCCUUGGUUAGAGUACUGCAUCACAGAAUUCGGAGGAGUGCAAAUUUUUGAAAGAGAUCUGUUUUUCGGUUUGCACUCUGUUUGCCUCAUUUCUUCCCCAUUUUAAACUUGGACUUCUGCUUUGCUGCUGGGACCAAGAGAGGACAGCUUGGCUAGUGAGUUUAUGUCUGGGCUAGCAUCAGUGGUCAGGUUCUCUGAGGUUCUCCCUACUUGAGAUGUUGAUAGCAUUCACAAGCUCUUUCGUUCACUUAUCACCUGUGUCUUCCAUUAUAGCUGCUUCUUAAGUGAGCAAAAUCCUUUCUCCAUGCAGUGACUGGCUCUUGCAUGUGUUUUGACAAUGUCAGAAAAACCUUGCUGUGUCAGGUAAAAAACCCAUCUAGUCCAGGGUUUUGUUCUGACAAUCACCAAAUUUCUCUGAAAAGCCAACAAGCAGGACAAUGGCAAUCCCACAUCAUUUGGAGGACUUGGGACUGCAGUCUGGAUGUGCAACAUUUCUGAAUUAGUGUGAUAGUUUCUGCUUGCCUUGCUGGUAUCUAGCCUGUCUAGGGAUGUGGCUUCCCAUCUUCCAUUGAGUGAUCUACUUUUGAAACUGCUGCUUGUUUGUUUUGCUGUUAGUUUUGCUUCUUACUUUGGUUUUUUUCAAUAUUAGGUUGCAUUUUGUUUCAUUUUCAGGUUGUACGUUGACUUAAUCUUUACUGUGUCAGUUGUGUAUGUAAGAUACCUUGUAUAUUUUUCUAGAAAGGUGGGGUAUAAAUUCAAUAACAGUAAUAAUAAUAAAAUCUAAAACAGUUGGUUGGGUUCCUGUCCUGCAAAACUACAUUUCCGCUUCAAAACUUGCACAUCUUUUAAUUUAGCAAUGAGCUUCUCCACGUGUGUGUGCGUGCAGGGUGAAGGAAAUGUAUUAUAAUAAUAAUUUAUAACAAUUUAUUAUUUAUACCACACCCAUCUGGCUGAGUUUCUCCAAUAUGCUACUGAAUAUAACAGACAAAAACGCUCUUUAUUAGGGAAUAUUGCUUGCAUAAAUGUCUGUGUUAGAAGAAAUGCACACUAAAAUGCUGAUAAUUUGUGAGUAAAAAGAAACAGCAAACUGAUUUAGAAAUCUGGCAUGAGAGACUGAACUGUCCUUUCCUAACCCUCUCUGGUGUGCUCCAGCUCCAUGGAUUUGAAAGGACACGUAAGUGUUUGCAGAGGCCAUGAAAUGAUGAUGUUGCUGGAUCACCCUGGGUCAUUGCUUAUCUUUCCAUAAACACGAACCUCUGAGAUUAUCGCUCCUGGCGUAAUCUCUGACCUUCAUGGUCCUGUUGCAAACAAACCCGUGUGAGGCAUUUGCUUCGUCUUGCUAUGUUAGGCCAGCCUCCUCCAGAUGCAUUGGACUACAACUCCUAUCAGCCCCAGCCAGCAUGCCCAAAAUACCUGGAGGGCACCAGGUUGGUAUUCUGGCAACUGGCAUGCUGAGGCACAGUGCCUCCCACGCUGGAGGUUGCACAGGGGAUGUUAGGAUAUUUCCGUUCCACCUUAAAAGGGAGCAGGCUUUGUGAGUCAGAGUCUGCGUAUUUCCUGUUCACAGGAUGUUUAUGUUUUCUGUUGCUUUCGUUUUCUCUCUGGUGUCGCAGACACUAAAUCAGCAGGCAGUCAUGUUUUUCUGUGUUCUGAUCAACGCUGAAUAAACUUGUAAAUAAUGCUCUCCUGACUGCAACUUUUGGCUGUGCUAAUCUGCUGAUAGAGUGUGCAUGAGCUCUGGAAUGUGGCAAGAAAUCUUCUAGAAACUCAUGUCGCUAAUUGAUGAUACUGCGUACCUACGGGAGGUCGAUGGAUCGUCCGGCAGACGGCUUAGGGGCCUUGAUGGACUUUAUCUCCCUGGCAGUAUCCCAACAACAGGUUUCGGGCCCAGAUUCACAGCACUUACAGGAGAGUAAGACUGCGACAGACUGCUGAAAGGUAUGUGGAAGAAAAGCGAAAGUGAGGCUUUUCUGUUUGCCGAGGCAAGGGCCUUUGAACUCCGGCAGAUUAAUGGAUCUGGGAGACGCGCCCAGAAGGCUUCGUGAUUAAUGAGCUGCUAAGAUAAGGGGUCUUUGAAGUGAAUAAGACUCACGGCUCAAAUAGAAACCUGGAAUGGAGUUUUUCCAAGCUUCUGAGGCUGCUGAGUGCCCAAAGUUAAAUCGGCACAACUAUCAGACCUGGGCAAAAUGGUGUGAGAGUUUGCUGCGUCAGUUUGGAGUGUGGCAUACUGUGUCUGAGGCCCCUCCAGUUCCUCUGACAGAAAGAUGGGAGUCCGAAAAUUUGAGGGCGAUAGACGUAAUCGUCUUGUCCGUCUCUCUGGAGGAAAUAAAAACGCUAGCUGGCAAUCUGACUGCACGAAAGAUGUGGCAUGCUUUGAAGAUAGCCCAUCUGCCAGUCAUCCCAGCCCAGAGUUUGACUGCAUCGGAGGUCCUGGCUGUUUCCCAGAAUGCGAGUGAAUGCAGGGAUGCCGAGGGCACCGGUUGCAAGCUGCAGGGGGGAGCUGACUGUCACGUCAUCCCAGGCAGCAUUCCAGCCUCCAGGGGGAGCCAAGGAGUCAGCAGCUGAGAGCUCUGUUUCUCAUGGGAACCAAGGUCAUCGCCUUUGCAGAGGCCGGAAGAGCAAAGGUAAACAGGGGCAGACGCCUGCAGAUGGCCAGAAGCAGAGGGAGGGUGAAGAGCCCACGCCAGAGGAAAACAAGGUUUUGUUUGCUGGCAAAGCUUCACCAAAGGCUAAAGGCAAGUCUGAUGGCCAGGAGCAGGGGGGAAAGCUGCAAAGCCCACGCCAGUGGAAAACAAGGUUUUGUUUACUGGCACAGCUUCACCAAAGGCUAAAGGCAAGUCUGAUGGCCAGGAGCAGGGGGCAAGCUGCAAAGCCCACGCCGGUGGAAAACAAGGUUUUGCUUGCUGCAAAGGCUGCUCCAAAAGCCAAGGCCAGGUUUGUUGUUGAUUCAGGCUGUACCCGCCAUAUCUCAAAGGACCGCCACCUAUUUAUCUCCUUCAAACCUCAAGAAGGUGAGAUCCACCUGGCUGAUGGAAAGACGUUGCGAAUUGCGGGAGAAGGGACUGUGAAACUGGCAAGUCUGCACACAACCAUCAAAGAUGUACUGUAUGUUCCAGGCGCUGCAGACAAUUUGCUCAGUGUCCCACAGUUGACUGGGCGUGGUUUUGAGAUUUCCUUCAAGAGGAGCGUUUGUGUCAUCAGGAAAGGCAAAGAGGACAUUUUGCAUGCAAAGUUUAUGGAUGGCUUGUUCUGUAUAACUUAUGACGACAAUGGUGCUGUUGUGUCUAAUGCUGAUUCUUGUUGUGUUGCACAAACUAACAAAGUUCUUCAUGCAGGAUGCAUUCACGAUGCACAUCGAAGGUUUUGCCAUCUCUCUUGGAAGGCACUGGCCAAGAUGCCAGAGAUGGUUGAGGGUUUGAACAUCAAACCCUGUAAGUUUCACAUGAAAUGUGUAUCUUGUGCAGAGAACAAGGUGAAGGUUGCCCAAAAGGCAAGGAGUCUAGCAGGCAGGCUUCCAAACCCUACCAGCUAGUGCACGCAGACCUGGUUGGUCCACUUGCGCCCUCUUUGGGUGGAGCAAGGUACUUCAUGGUUCUAAUUGAUUCUUUUUCCAGGUACAUUCAUGUGUUUAUGCUCGAGCAGAAAUCGCAAGCGUUUCCUAAGUUCAAGGCAUUCUGUGCUUGGUUGGACAAUGUUCAUGGUAAACGCAUUGGCUGUCUGUUUACUGAUCGAGGCGGGAGUUCACUUCUCAGCAGUUUGAAGCUUUCCUGACUGAGAAGGGAAUCCAGCAUAGCCUCUCAAGUCCUGGAUCUCCAUGGGAGAUUUGUGAGCAAGCAAAGCAAACGUUGCUGCAAGGACUGAAAACAUUGUUGCAUGAUGCCAAUCUCCCUGAGAAGUUUUGGGGGGAGUCUUUGAACUCGUUUGUUUACACUUUUAAUCGCAGGUUGUCAUCACCUAUUGGUUGUACCCCUAUGAGAAGAUGUUUGGUAAGAAACCCAACAUCAAGCACAUGAGAAUCUUUGGUUCUGACAUGUGGGUACACACCCCACAGAGCAACAAGCUUGGGAAGCGUGGGGCACAUGGUUUGUUCAUGGGGUACGAAAAGGUGCAUACAGGGUGUGGAUGACCAACUCUAAGUCCAUUAAGUUCACAAAGAGUGUUGAGUACAAUCCUAAGUGGGGGGAAAAUGUGGGAAUUUUCCAGAGUUACCCAGAGGAGGAUGAAGGUGAUGUCAAAGAAGCAGCUAAAGCUGAGGAAGCUGCUGAGGAUGAUGAUGAUGAUGAUCAGAGUUCGGAUUCCAGUUCAGUGGGCGGCGCUGCUGCUGAUGUCGGUGACAGUGAUGACACAGCAGACUACAAGAGCGCAAAGGCCUCAGUCAGACCAUCUGAUGCGUCUGACAAUGAACUGGAAGAACCACUGUUCACCAUUGGUCACUUUUCUCCUAAGAAAGAGGAGAUGAGUCCAGAAGACUUGCGUCUAGUACGCAGAUCUGAGAGAGCCACGAAGGGCAGACCUCCAAAGAGAUUUGCUGAUGAGUUUGCUAAGACAGCAACUGCUGUUCUUAGUAGCUCAGAGAAGGUGUGGGAACCUUCAAGCUUCAAAGAGGUUCAGGAGUUAACCUCUAAAGAUGCUGAGCCUUGGCUUAAUGCCAUGAAGGCUGAAGUUGAUUCCUUGAACAGGAACCAAACUUGGGAACUGGUACCGGUAGUCCCAGGAAUGAGACUGGUUGGCAGCAAAUGGGUCUUCAAGGCCAAGACAGACCAGAAUGGCAAGGUUGUCAGACACAAAGCCAGAUUGGUUGCCAGAGGUUUUUCACAGGUACCAGGACAGGAUUACCACGAGACCUACUCACCCACCGUCAAAUAUGAGAGCAUUCGGCUGAUGCUCAAGAUAGCUGCAGAGGAGAAACUGCAUGUUUCCCAUCAUGACAUUAAUACAGCUUUUUUGUACGGGAUUCUGGGGGAGGAGCUGUUUAUGCUUCCACCUGAUGGAAUGCAGAUACAGAAGGGAAUGGUCUGUAAACUGCGGAAAUCCUUGUAUGGUCUCAAGCAGAGUGCUAGGUGUUGGAACACAAAGCUCACUGAGACGUUGCUUUCUCUAGGUUUUCACCAGGGCAAAGCUGAUCCAUGUGUGUUUGUCAAGGAGGAGGGGCAAAACAAACUGUAUUGUUUAUGUUUUGUUGAUGAUCUUCUGAUGUUUUGGAAGAAUCAGGCUUUCUACCAAAGCACCCUAGCUCAGCUGAAGGAGCACUUUGACAUGAAGGAUCUUGGUGAGGUAUCCAACUAUCUUUCUCUGCAGGUGGAGAGGGACCAAGCAGGUAAUUUUCUGGUACACCAAACACAGAAAAUUGCUGAUGUAUUAACCAGGUUGAAUUUGGUUGAUGCAAACCCAGCAGACACACCGAUGGUGACAGGUUACCAGGUAGACAGUACUGCUGAAGCGUUUUCUGACACUACGCUGUACAGAUGCAUUCUAGGCAAGUUGAAUUUCAUUGCUAGAUGCUCAAGACCUGACAUAGCUGUAAGCUGUAACCUGCUUAGCAGACAUGCCAACAAUCCUACUGUUCAGGAUUGGAAAGCUCUGAAGCGCAUAGCCCGCUAUUUGAAAGGGACUUUGCACUACAGGCUGAGGUUCACCAGUCAGAAGACUGGAGGUCUUGAAAUCUUUGCAGAUGCAAGUUUUGGAAGUGACACCACGGAUGGUACAAGCACUUCUGGAGUAUGCUACAUGUACAACCACUGCCUGUUUGACUGGUUGUGCAAAAGCAGACGACAGUGAGCCUAAGUUCCUGUGAAGCAGAACUCAAUGCUCUGUCAUUUUCACUCAUGGAUUGUGAAUGGUUGAUGCAACUGUUUAAGGACAUCGGAGUUUCUGUGAAAUGUCCUGUACAAGUGUAUCAAGACAAUAGAUCGUGUUUGGCUUUGCUGAACUCGGAGAGUUGCAAGCAAAGGACCAAGUACUUGCAGAUUAAGCUACAUCGUGCAAGAGAGUGUAUUCAGAAAGGACUCAUUCAGGUGUCCUACAUGCCAGGAAAUGAAAUUCCUGCUGAUCUGUUGUCUAAGGUUGUUAACAGAGAACAACUUAAGGUUUAUGUACAAAGGUUGCAAUUGGGUUGAACCACAGGUACUACAGGUUACACGGAAAGGGGGAGGAUGUUAGGAUAUUUCCGUUCCACCUUAAAAGGGAGCAGGCUUUGUGAGUCAGAGUCUGCGUAUUUCCUGUUCACAGGAUGUUUAUGUUUUCUGUUGCUUUCGUUUUCUCUCUGGUGUCGCAGACACUAAAGCAGGCAGUCAUGUUUUUCUGUGUUCUGAUCAACGCUGAAUAAACUUGUAAAUAAUGCUCUCCUGACUGCAACUUUUGGCUGUGCUAAUCUGCUGAUAGAGUGUGCAUGAGCUCUGGAAUGUGGCAAGAAAUCUUCUAGAAACUCAUGUCGCUAAUUGAUGAUACUGCGUGCCUACGGGAGGUCGAUGGAUCGUCCGGCAGACGGCUUGGGGGCCUUGAUGGACUUUAUCUCCCUGGCAGUAUCCCAACAGGGGCAUGGUGGCUAGUAGGCACUGGAAGCAUCUAAUUCUAGGAAGGUUGCCUAAUUUGCCUGCUUAGUUGAGCUCACCCUGAUCAUGGCUACUCCUGUUACUCUUCUAUGGGCUCAUGGCUCUCUCCUCUUUGUCUCUGGGUGUUUCUCCCUUUGGCAGGGUUCCUUGAUAUUCCUGAUUAGCGGCUUGGUGAUUCUGGGUUAUGCUGCCUCCAUCAGCACCCAGACAACGUACCAGGGUGUGGUGAGAGAGAUCUGUGGGGCUGCCAUUGGGAAGCUUUGCGAAGUCUGCUUCAUUCUGAACCUGUUCAUGAUCUCGGUGGCCUUUCUUAGAGUCGUGGGAGACCAGCUAGAAAAAUGUGAGUUCUUUGACCCCAGAACCCUUUCAGCAUCCUCUAAAAUCCCCAGCUGUUCCUCUUUUAAUAUUUUUUAUGCAGCUCUUUGUGUAACUAAUACCAGUGCUGUUUUUGUGCAUAAUUAAUGACAACACGAUCCGCAUAUUAAUAUAUGAUAAAAUCACUGGAAGCCAUUAAUGCAUCAUACCAAGCCUGUGAAUUAAAAGACAGCAAAUGUCUGAGUGAGCAGGUACCGUAUUUUUCACUCUAUAGGAUGCACCGGACCAUAGCACGCACCAGAACAUAGGAGGGGGAGAACAGGAAAAAAAAAAAUUCUCCCCCUCUCUGCUCAGCGCCCCUUCAGCGAAGCGGGGGGAGAAACGGAGCCCCUUCCAUUUCUCCUCCCACUUCGCUGAAGGGGCGCUGCGCAGAGAGGGAAAACUGUGCAGCGCCUCUCCAGUGAAGCGAAGCCUGGAGAGCAAGAGGGAUCGGUGUGCACUGACCCCUCUCGCUCUCCAGGCUUCAGGCGGCUAUCCGCAAGCCUUCAGAGCGCAGCGGGAACUCCUGCGGCACUCCAAAGGCUUGCAGAUAGCUGCCUGAAGCCCCCGGAGCGCAGGGAACUGCUGCUGCGCUCCGGGGGCUUCAGACAGCUAUGUGUGUGUCCUGUGGAGCAAAUGCAGGCUCCUUGGCCUCAGUGAAAGCAACGCGAAGCCUCUGGAGCACAGGGGGAGCUCUCCCUCUGUGCUUCGGAGGCUUUGCGUUGCUAUCGCUGAGGCCAAGGAGCCUGCAUUUGCUCCACAGGACGCACACACAUUUCCCCUUCAUUUUUGGAGGGGGAAAAGUGCGUCCUAUAGAGAGAAAAAUACAGUAAGUUUUAAGCUGGUGCUCAAAACUCAUCAGAGUCAGGGGCCUGACUUACUCCAGACAGGAGGGAAUUCCAGUGGAAUCCAUUAGGAAAAAUAGGGUGCUGCCCCACCAACUUCAGCCUGCUUUCUGCAAACCCCCACCUGUCUGCUUCCUUAGGAGUCCAGGGCAUGGCCCUGCCUUUCAGCUUCCUCCCCUUAGUUUCAGUGUUGCCCUUGUAGAGCUCGGCAGGAAGGUGAUGGAGGCAGAACUUGAAUUAGUUGGUUUUGCAUGUCAUUAGUUCUGGCGCCACCUACUUACUUCUGGGACUCCCUGCCUUCUGUCCCACCAGCCCUGAUGGGCACCAGUCACCCCUGAGGAAUUCCACAGACAUGGCACCGCCAUGGAGAAGUCGCCCACCCCACUGUUGGUAGCUGCAUAAUACGUCUCGGCUGGUAGCCAGACAACGAGGAAAGCCUCAUUGCCUCCUUAUGUUCCCUUUCCCCCCAGUGUGUGAUUCUUUCUACCCUAAUGAAACCUUGAGUGGUGGCAUCUCUCAUCAGCAUUGGUUCACGGACCAUCGCUUCACCUUGUCUGCUUUGUGUGCCUUGGUUAUCUUUCCCCUCUCGAUUCCAAGGGAAAUUGGAUUCCAGAAAUACACAAGGUAAGAGCUCUGUUGUUCUUGUUCUUGUGAUCUCUGUGGCCUGGAGACUGGGCCAAAUGGUGAACAAACUUGCUCCUAAGGGCUCAGCAGGGGCACUGACUUGCCCUCCCCCCCACACAUUGAGGGCGCGCAGUCGUGUGACAUGUCACGUGACGAAUCACGUGAUACCACCCAGCAGAGUGGGGAUGUGAACUCUGGUCUCCCAGGUCCUGGCCCAACACUCUGACCAACUAGAUACUGUAUGUGAACCAUCAUCAAUUAUGUGCUUCAGAUGUCUUGUAAAGACCUAUCCUUUUGCACAGAUAGGUACCCUGUAUCACUGGAUUCUUGUUUUAUCUUCUUUUUUUUGCCUUUGUGCUGAUUUUUAUUGUUUGUACACCACUUAGGAAUUUUAAAAAUAUUAAGUUGUUUGGAACUCAUUUUAAACAAUAAUUUUGUUCGACCCCUAGCAGUCUCAGCUAUCAUGAUAGGAAAAUGUAAUCCAACAAGGUCUGGAGAGCCAUUGGUUCCUCACCAUUAGGAACAUAGCAAGCUGCCUUAUGCAGAGUCAGACCCUUGGUCCAUAUAGCUCAGCACUGCCUGCAGUGACUGGUGUUGGCUCUUCAACUACCUGGAAUUGCUGGGGAUUGAACCUGUGACCUUCCCCACUGCAAGGCAGAUGCUCUACCACUGAGCUAUGGCUGCCCUUCCCUGUUUUAAGGCACGUCAUGAGGUGUAUCUACAGGUGUCCCCAGCAUCAGAAUUGAGGUGUGUGGUUACCAAGGUGAGGAACCUUUCCAGUGGUGACUCCUGUUUGUAGAAUGUCCUUUCUGGGCAACGUAAGCAUCUUCUAGUUCACAGGAUAAAAGCUUUUCAUUUGCUGGAACGUCUAAUUAGAAUCUCUAUCCUGGAUGCAGUUUUGCUGUUUUUGCUUCUAUUUGCCACAUCCCUACUGUAAAAUACUCUACGGUGCCCUUUUGAAUGCAGGGGAGCAUUGAGCUCCUUUGAGGCAAAGUCUUUUAAUUUUUCUGUUUGUGUGUUCCAGCAUCCUUGGUACUUUGGCAGCCUGCUACCUGAUGCUUGUCAUUGUAAUAAAAUACUACCUCAGAACCGAUUACGUAGUCAAGCAUGAACAUCGCCGUUCCUCCGGGUAAGUGUUGGCGUGGCUGGCUGUUGGGCUGGUAGUGGAAUUAUCAAACAUCAGUCCCAUGGGCACGAUUCAUCCACCCCAUUGGCUUGCAUGGACGUGCUGCUGUGCUGCUGUCAUGUUGGAACCUGCCAUAAUUCAGUUCAUAGAAUUAUAGAUUUGGAGGAGCCUCAAGGGCCACCCAGUUCAACCCCCUGCAAUGCAGGAAGUUGUUUACCUCUUAAGAGUCUCCAGGGAGCUUGGCUGUUGAUUCUCCUAUGCACAUGGCCCAUGUCAAUACAGUGGUACCUCAGGUUAAGUACUUAAUUCGUUCCGGAGGUCCAUUCUUAACCUGAAACUGUUCUUAACCUGAAGCACCACUUUAGCUAAUGGGGCCUCCCACUGCUGCCACACAGAUUUCUGUUCUCAUCCUGAAGCAAAAUUCUUAACCUGAGGUACUAUUUAUGGGUUAGCGGAGUCUGUAACCUGAAGCGUAUGUAACCUGAGGUAGCACUGUAUCCCUGAAGUGUGUAAAAUAGAUUGUCAUCCCCCCCCCCCGCCUCUCUCUCACACACACCAGUUACCUGCAGCAGAUGACAUUGUUAUAACUGAAUCGGUACCCAAGAGUGAUAGUGUUUCAUUCAGUGUUGCACAUGCGGAGUUCCACUUGAGCAAGGCGACUUCACCUUCCUCUUCUCUCCUUGCAUGCACCCAAAAUCUGCUCUGCUCUGGUCUGCAAGCUUCUGGAGCUGAUUUUGAGGGUGCAGGAGCAAAUGCCGAGGAGAGCAGGGUGAAGUUAUGUUGUGCAAGCUGAAUGGCUGUGUUGGCUACAACCCGUAAUGACAUAUGCUUGAUGCAGAAGGGACCUGCUUUCUACUGCUUAAUUAUCUGCAGAGUUGGGGGUAUCUGCAGACAUUUUUCUCCCCGAGGCAGAGUAGCAGAUGGUGCCCUGCUCCACUUGAAGUCAAGGUGCACAGUGUCCAAGGCAAGACACAUUAUUUUUGCAUGUGGAGCAGAGAACCCCCAACAAAGCAUAUCUCUGCCCCACUUCUGGGGUAAUGAAAAAAUACAGCAGUAAAUUUACACAUUUCUGUAGGUAGUUUAUGUACUUCUUCAUACUGCAAAUAAGUCUGUAAGUGUUUUGCUGCAUUAUAAUAACAUCACAAAAAAUACCAAAAAAAUACAAUGUUUACAACUAGUAAAGUGUGGCAGAUGGACAUUGGAUCAUCCCCCUGAAGACCUUGCAACCAAUUAGUGCUGGGUGGAGUGUCCAGCAAUCAGGGGAGAGUGGGGAGUUAAAAUCUAGAAGCUGCUAGUUUAGCAGUUGGGACUUGGAAAGUGUUCAGACUGGGCUUGGAUUGGACUUGGCAAGGGCUUGGCUAAGAUAUUAGCUGGGUGGUUAGGAGUUUGCUAGGCAGGGCAAACCAGAUAGCUUCCUUCAAGGGAAUGAAGAGAUCCCAGAAAGAGUCUAGAAGUGUUUCACUGGAUUAACAGAUCUAGGAGGAAUCAGUUUAUUUAGAAACAGUUUUGAUGUGGAAGUCGUAAAUAAAGUUCCUUAUUGCGUCUGUAAAAGAGAUUCUUACUUUUGUGCCUGAUCAGAGUAACCACUAAGCGUUAACCCUCAUUGAGUGUGCAUAAAUAAAACUUGUUUUGUUUCCAACGUGUCUCAUCCUUAAUUUAUUACCAGUUUAAGGGAUAAGUGAUCACAGUUUCCCUUUAAUUGAUGUUAAAGUCCUUGCUGCUGAAUAUUAGUAAAUGCUGCCACAUGCAGAGAAUCUCCAACCUCCCAAGUGUUGCUGGCAGGGAGUAUCUAAUUUUAAACACCUAAAACCCGUCACACUGCAUCUUUGUUGAGGGGGGAGUCUGUCACAGUCAGAUCCACUUCAGCAUCAAUACAAACUUAGAGUCACCAGCAAAUGGAGACCGUAAUAACCGCUAGCAGAACAAAAUGCAGGAAUACAGCAGAGGCAACCAGUCCCACUUGCAAGAAUAUAAGCACCAAAAGGUGGGCAAAUGUUGCACACUCCCUAGCUAUGUCACAGUGCCCCUGGGUCAUAGGCUGGGCAAGUCCCCUGUCUGGAACUGCAGAGAGCUGCUGCCAGUCAUUGGAGGCAAUACUGGUCCAGAUGGACAAAGGGUCUGAUGUUAUGGGACCACUGAGAACUGAGUAAUCUUGAAUAGUACAGUAAAGGGCAUAUGGGGCUCAUCAACCUGGGAAGGUAGCCCAUCUAGGAGAAGGAAAACACUGAUCUUUAACCUCUGCUGCCUUGCAGGGGGUGAAGGCUAAGGAGUAAACCCUACACAAAUUCGGAGUGUAGUCCCUAAGAUGGUUGGAUCUUGCCUUGUACAGCUCCUUUUGGCAACUUCUGCAGCCAAGCUGGUGCCAAACGUAUUGCUCUGCUUUCCUUUGGUCCACAUUGUGAGGCCAAGUGGGGAAUCUUGCACCAUGGGGAGGUCACUUCAGUGCUGCUAACGCAGUGGUGUGACUUCACCCUCAGAGGCACACUCCAUUGUCUCUUGAGACAGACGGAUGCCAAUUACAACAACAACAGGUGGUGUUGGAGGAGGAAUUGGCAGGUAGGGGUUGUAAUUUGCCCUCACUCAGUAGAAGAAGCUGCCAUAUAUGUACUGAGUAAGGCCCUUGGUCUCUUGCUUGGUUGGCUGUUGACAUCUGAGUUGACCAGCUCUGAUGCUAACACACACCCUUUAUCACAUUUGCAGGGUCUCUUCCUGGGCUUCAAUGUUCAGCGUUAUCCCAACAAUCUGCUUUGGAUUUCAGGUAAGAAGUUUAACCUUUUCUCCUCCUUUCUUGGUUUUCUCCCUCUCCCAUUGUUAAAAUAGGCUUCCAAGUCAUUUUUAUUUAUUUGUUUCCACUUGAAAUGAUGCAAGAUUCUACAUUCAAGUUUAACUCCUCUGAUAUAAUAAAAAAAGGGAGUCCUCUUUUGCUUGACUUCCUGAAACAAGUGGUGUGUAAAUCACAACCAAGCACAGCGCUGCUGAUCAGUGGAGGAGACAAUUGUGGGACAUUGGCCAGAAACAUCUGAUAGCCGCCCCUCUCUUUUAACGCAAUGGGUUCUGAGCAGGAGCAGUUUAUGUGGACAAUGGGAACUUUGGAUUUUACCAAACAAAUCCCAUGAGGAUGCACAGUCAUUCUUAAUCCACUACACCAAUUAUUCUAGGAAGGCCCCUAAGGUGGGAGACUGCCUCAGGUGUGGGCGAGAUCAACAGUUCUGAUAUGGAGCAGGGGAGAAGGCAGGCAGACAGUGAUGGCUUUGGGACUCCAGGAAUGGAGGCAGAAUGCGUACCAGCCUUUUCCAACAUCAGCUCUGUGUUUCAGUGUCAUGAAGCGUGCAUCACCAUCUACAGCAGCAUGAGUAAUAAGAAGCUCUCCCACUGGAUUGUGGUGUCUGUCAUGUCCAUGCUGUUCUGUUUGCUUAUAUAUUCCCUGACAGGUAAGCAAGCUCCUUUCUACUUGCUCCAUCUCCUGGUACCAUUUUGUACCAAGCUCUUAAUUUGUUUAGGGCCCUUCGUGGCAUAGGUGAGAGGAAGUUUUUUUCCAGAGCAGGAGCAAUGAUGUCUGCUGGACCACCAGGCUUACAGACAGAUUCUCCUGAGUCUGGCCAGUGAACAAGGUGAUGAUGAAGCUUUUCAAGUUUGUUUGUGACAGGUUAUCAUUGAAGAAGUUGGAAAAUGAGGGCAAUGGCCAAGUUACCAGGGCUGGCUACUUUCUUUUGUCUCUGAUGGGCUUCCUACUUUGUGCUAGCAUUUAAAAUUGUGGUAACACUUAUUCAUAACAUUUCAGGGAUUUCUAAUUAAAAGCUAAAGGUUGCAUUUUAGCCACCUGAAGAUCUUUAGUCAAAGCUCAAUGUAUGGAACCUAGGCAGUCUGAAGCACCACUGAGUUCCAAGGAGCUUGCCCCCAGGAAAGUAUGCAUCAGGUUGCAGUGAUACUGACCCUUAUAAAUUGAAUCGUAGAAUUGUAGAGUUGGAAGGGAUCCUGAGGGUCAUCUAGUCCAACCCCCUGCAAUACAAGAAUCUCAACUGAUGGCCGUCCAGCCUUUAUUGUUGUGCUUUGUGGUGUUCCUCUUUGGUGUGUGUAAUGAAUCGAUUCUGCUGCCUGCCUGUUUUGGACUGUCCUUGCUGCUGUGACUAGGGACUUUGCCGGGGAUGAAAUUCUGGAGACCCUUGUGGUGAGCUAGCUUAAAAUUUUUUCCAUUCCGCCACUGCUUGAAGCAGUUCUAUCUAUCUAUCUAUCUAUCUAUCUAUCUAUCUAUCUAUCUGCAUGGUGCAAUGCAGCGGUGUGGCAGGCGGUGGUGCUGCGGUGCUGUGUGUGGUGGUCAGCUCAGUGGGAUCCCACCUUUGUCGCCAGUGAAAUAUACUCGGAGUCGAGUGUGAAUUUCAUGCUCUUUAUUCAGCUCGUAGUAGCAAUGAAUGAAACUUUCCCCAAAACAUCUAGCUAUAUAUACAUUAUUUACACAAUGGGCCCCGCGUGAUUGGCUAAUUCUGGGCUGCUCCUGCAAGCCAAUCAGGUCGCUAAUUCAUUUCCAUCUGGAGCUGGAUUGGGUGGCUCCUGCGGACCAAUCAGACUGCUCCAUUCUGGAUCCUAUUGUUCUAGGAUUCAGCUCAGUACAUAACUCUAUAUCUAUCUAUCUAUAUCUAUCUAUCUAUAUCUAUCUAUCUAUCUAUCUAUCUAUCUAUCUAUCUAUCUAUCUAUCUAUCAUCUAUCUAUCUAUCUAUCUAUCUAUCUAUCUAUCAUCAUCUAUCUAUAUCUAUCUCAUAACUCUGUUCUCUUAUUGUGUGAAGGGACUCACAGAACCUUCCAGCUACCUGCAGGCCCUUCAGCAAGCAAGGGCAACUUAAUCUAGAGUCGAGAGAUCACAGGGCUAAUAGCAAACACAUGAUAUACACAGUUGGUUGUUUUGAUUGAGAUCCAAGAAUGGCAACAUUGGGGGGAGGGGAGGGCAGGAACCCCCCCCCCAGUGUGUUAGUUUAGAUAGGCUGCUUUCUUCCUGCUUCUUUCCAAAUUAGUGUCCAGUAGAUGACUUCCCUUCCCCUUAGGAAUUUCUGGCAGGUACAUGACCCUGUAGAUGGUUUGUUCUUUAUGUUUGGUUCAAUGCCUGACAUAUUGAAUUGGUUUUGCUGUAUUUCCCCCUUUUGUAUUAACAUCACAUUCUCUGGGUUUGUGUGUGUGUGGGGGGGGCUUUCGGGCCAAAAGCAGCAUAUAAAUAAUUUAAAUAAAUAAUAAACAGCAGAGGUGGCCCUCCAGAUGCUGUGGGAUUCCAACUCUCACCAGCCCCAAAAGUCAGGGGUGGCAGGAGACAUACUUGGGCAACAUCUGGAGGGACCCAGGUUAGCCUACUAUGAAGGCUGCUGGUUCAGUCAUUUUUGAGUUGGGGAGGGGGUGUUGGUGAGAGGGUGCAGCAUGGUCUGCAGUUUAUUUUGCUCUCCUUACCACACCUAAAGAGCACAAUGCUCUGCUCCUCUGUGUAGGGCUCUAUGGCUAUUUGACAUUUGGUGCUGAUGUUGCUGCUGACAUCCUGAUGUCCUACCCAGGAAAUGAUUUGCUGGUCAUUGUAGCUCGGCUGUUGUUUGGCAUCUCCAUAAUCACCAUCUACCCCAUUGUCCUCCUCUUGGGAAGGUAAGGAGCAGAAGUGUUGCUUUUCCUAUGCUUUGACCCUGACGGAAAUGCUGUUCUGCUUAAUGAGGACUGUCAUUGUGUGUAGCUCCUCUGGUCAGAAGCAUAGCCUGAUUUCCUCUGGGAACAGGCUCAUUUUUCUCAAGCAUAACCAUAUUUAUAAUACAGCAUAUCUGCUUUAGAAUGAAAUCCAACCUGUUGCGCCAAAACCAUUUAUGGCUUAAAUUAAUGGUAUUUUACUCCAUUUUAUAUCCUUCCUUUCUUCUGAGGAGCCCAAAGUUCAGGGCUGCCUCCUUGGCCCAUCCCUUUCCUCCUCAAACCACACCAUUUUUCUUGCCCCCACCCAUUUGAACUAAAUUACAUUUUGAUAAAUACAGCAACCCCUUAUUCCCAAAGAAAAACACAUAUAGUAAAUUACUGCACAAUCCUAACCAUGUCUACUCGGAAGGUAUUCCUCCUGAAUUUAAUGGAAUUUACUCCCUGGCGAAUCAGUUUAGGAUUGCAACUUCAGUCCUAUAUAUCCUAUAUCUACUUGGCUUGGGAGUAAGUCCCACUGAACUCAUUGGGACUAAUUUCUGAGUAGAUAUAUAUGUAGGAUUACACUGUCAGAGGUGGAACCUAAGAGAUAUAGAACUUUGAGGUAAACAGAAAAUGCACAUUUCAAAAGCAAUCCACCAGAAUAAAUUCUAUCUCCUCUUCCUGUGAUUAUAAAUGUAGUCUUAUUUCCAUGUGUUACAACAAAGAAGAAAAGUUACUCAUGGAACAUACAAUGGUACCUCGGGUUAAGAACUUAAUUCGUUCUGGAGGUCCGUUCUUAACCUGAAACUGUUCUUAACCUGAGGUACCACUUUAGCUCAUGGGGCCUCCCGCUACUGCUGCGUUGCUGCUGCACGAUUUCUGUUCUCAUCCUGAAGAAAAGUUCUUAACCCAAGGUAAUAUUUCUGGGUUAGCGGAGUCUGUAACCUGAAGCGUAUGUAACCUGAAGCGUAUGUAACCAGAGGUACCACUGUAUGGAUCAACAUUCAACUCCCUUGCCAUGUCCAUUGUUCCAAAUAUGUAUUAUCCCUCUGCCACUGAACCAUGGCCCUUUCCAAUCUAGGGAAAGUUCCCCCUCUUCCACCAACUGAACCAGCCACUUCCGUAAAGUAGAAUCCUGUUGUUGUGGUGUUGUUGUUGUUGUGUGUAAUUGCCCAUAUGUCUAUGCUAGGUCAGUCCUACAGGACGUCUGCCUGAGUUCCAAGCACAGCUACCUUCUGACAACUGAGCCUUACGAGAAGUGGAUGCGGGUCACUCUCACUACUGCCUGGGUUGUGGUCACACUGGUCAUUGCCCUCUUUGUGCCAGACAUCAGUGACGUCAUCAGUGUCAUUGGGGGCAUCAGCGCAUUCUUCAUCUUCAUUUUUCCAGGUAUGACCAUGUUGUGUGCUCUCUGAGGUAAGAGAGGGUGAGGGAUCUGCAUAACAAUGGCUGAUCUUUUAGCCCCUCAAAAAGAGGCAAGCUGGAUCAGACCAAAGGCCCAUCAUCUGGCAUCCUGUUCUCACAGUGGCCAACUGAAGGUCGGUGAAAAGCUUGCAAGUAGGUCUUGAAUGCAGCAGCAAACUCCCCACUUGUUCACCCGAGACUCCAAGAAUUGGUGUCACCAUUGCUCUUGGCCAGCUAUCCUCCAUUUUUCUCAGGGAAAUUGAUUUUUCUCCUCCCCAAUCCUAAUCAUCUAGAAAAAGUUUGUGGGUUGAUGAAAGUUUUUGCUUUUUUGCCGCCUCCUCCUUGUCCUCCUGGCAAAGUCCUCAGUGAUGGAUUUAAUUAUCAAGCAGUCUUCCUAGGAGCAAACUUCUUUUUCAAGUGAGAUUUCUUUUUUGGUGCCUUGAUUAUCACAACGAAAGGUUUUGACCAGAGCUUUGUACUUGAGAAGGAAACUGAUCAAAGUUCUGUUUCACAGCAACCCAGAUUUUCUACCAGAAGAAGCUAAACUCGACUGCUUAUGUAAACAGCAAGCUAAACACUGUUGCACACCAGCUUUAAAAAUAAUAAUAAUGGAAAACUGCUUCUGCUAGUCAUGGGGGAAAGGUGUGGUCAUGUGUGAGGUCUUGGUCACUGCAGUUCCUACUAGAGCCCUCUUCUCCCCCUGCCCCUCUUCCCUACCUCUCAAUUCUUCUGUGGCUUCAUUUGGAAUUGGCAUUUGUAAUAAUUUAUUGGCAGCAGUAAAGACUAGAAGUUUGGGUGCGCAUGUACUUUAAAAGAAAGAGAAGAUGUGAAGUUGCAAAAGUUUGUGUUUACUUGGUAUUGGAAUAAUCAUCAUAAUCAUAAUAUAAUUUUAUUUUUUGUACCCCACUCCCAUCUGACUGGGUUUCCCCAGCCACUCUGAGCUGCUUCCUACAUGAAAAUAUAAUAAAACAUUAAACAAAUUCCCUGUACAGGGCUGCUUUCAGAUGUCUCCUCAAGGUUGUACAGUUACUUAUCUCCUUCACAUCUGAUGGGAAUGCAAACUUGUUCAACUUAUAAUACUUUCCGUUCAGUUUGCAGUGCUCCUGAAGUUCUUAUCUGGCUUAGAUUUGAACUCCAUGUCAAGGAGCCUGGGAAAUGUAGUUUGCCAGGUCUCACGAGUCAUUAGGAAAGACAAGCUGGAAACUAGAUGCUUCAUGACUGCUCAUGUCAGUGAUGCUGUGAGGGGGAUCUGAAUUUCUGGAAUUUGACUCGCCCCUGCUUUCUUUUUCUUUUUUUUGGAGGGAGAGAACUGGCUGCUGUUUUUGGAAAAUAGCCCAUCUUGCUGACCCAUAUGCUAAAUCAAGCUGAGGAGCGUUUGGCAAUGACUAGAUGGCAUUGUUAAAGCAGUCAAUGUCACAUUCCGUACUUGCAACCCUGGGAACCAGACAUGGUUAAGCUGCCUUAGAGAGGAAUAUUCGGAAGAUAAACAGGAUUUGAUUAAAUGCAAAAUAAACAUCCAUUUUGUUUUAUCUAAUUUCUAUUCUGCCCUUCAAUGCACAGUGAUCGGAGCAGUCUAUAGUAUUUUAGAUAUUAUAUCCGACCUUUUUUUUAUAUAUAUAAGAUAUUUAUUAAGGUUUUUUGAAAUAUUACAGUGAAAAUGAAAAAGAAAAAAGAAAAAUACAAAAUAAAAACAGUUAAAAACACACAUAUUUUCUAUUACUUAUUUUCCUUUAGCUUGUUUCCCGGACCUCCUCGUACCUCCCUUUUUUGUAUUCCACUUCAAUUUAUUGGUUCAGCAAAUCCUUGCCAUUAGAUUUUAACCCAUUUAUAACCCUUUUUUAUAUUCUCUUAAAGCAUUACAGCUGGAAACCGCUUAAUUACUAUCCAACAUCAUUCUAUCAUUCAUUAAUUUUACAAUAUUUCUGUAAAUAGUCUUUAAAUUUCUUCCAAUCUUCUUCCACCGACUCUUCUCCCUGGUCUCGGAUUCUGCCAGUCAUUUCUGCCAAUUCCAUAUAGUCCAUCACCUUCAUCUGCCAUUCUUCCAAAGUGGGUAGAUCUUGUGUCUUCCAAUACUUUGCAAUGAGUAUUCUUGCUGCUGUUGUAGCAUACAUAAAAAAGUUCUGUCCUUCUUUGGCACCAAUUGGCCGACAAUGCCCAGAAGAAAGGCCUCUGGUUUCUUCAAGAAGGUAUAUUUAAAUACCUUUUUCAGUUCAUUAUAUAUCAUUUCCCAGAAAGCCUUAAUCCUUGGGCACGUCCACCAAAGGUGAAAGAAUGUACCUUCAGUUUCUUUACAUUUCCAGCAUUUAUUGUCGGGCAAAUGAUAGAUUUUUGCAAGCUUGACUGGGGUCAUGUACCACCUGUAUAUCAUUUUCAUAAUAUUCUCUCUUAGGGCCUUACAUGCCGUAAACUUCAUACCUGUGGUCCAUAACUGUUCCCAGUCAGCAAACAUAAUAUUAUGUCCAACAUCUUGUGCCCAUUUAAUCAUAGCAGAUUUCACCGUUUCAUCCUGAGUAUUCCAUUUCAACAGCAAGUUAUACAUUCUUGACAAAUUCUUAGUUUUGGGUUCUAACAGUUCUGUUUCUAGUUUUGAUUUUUCCACCUGGAAGCCAAUUUUCUUAUCCAAAUUAUAUGCCUCCAUUAUCUGAUAAUAAUGAAGCCAAUCUCUCACUUUGUUUUUAGUUUCUCGAAACUCUGCAAUUUCAAUUUGUCUCCUUCUUGUUCCAAAAUUUCCCAAUAUUUCGGCCAUUUGGCCUCCAUAUUGAGCCUUUUCAGAGCUUUCGCUUCCAUCGGUGACAACCACCUUGGGGUUUUAUUUUCCAAUAAAUCCUUGUAUCUUAUCCAAACAUUAAACAGUGCUUUCCUGACAAUAUGAUUUUUAAAUGCUUUAUGUGCUUUGACCUUAUCAUACCAUAAAUAUGCAUGCCAUCCAAAUACGUUGUUAAAACCUUCUAAAUCCAAAAUGUCUGUAUUUUCAAGAAGUAGCCAUUCUUUCAACCAGCAAAAGCUGCUGAUUCAUAAUAAAGUUUAAAGUCUGGCAGGGCAAAUCCACCUCUUUCCUUUGCAUCAGUUAAUAUCUUAAAUUUUAUUCUGGGCUUCUUGCCCUGCCAGACAAAUCUAGAAAUAUCUCUCUGCCACUUCUUGAAACAGUCCAUCUUGUCCACAAUUUGCAAUGUCUGAAACAAAAACAACAUUCUAGGCAAUACAUUCAUUUUUAUCACAGCAAUACGACCCAACAGUGAAAGCUUCAAAUUUGACCAGAUUUCUAAAUCUUCUUUCACUUCCGUCCAACAUUUUUCAUAAUUAUCUUUAAAUAAGUUCCCAUUUUUGGCUGUCAUAUUAAUCCCCAGGUAUUUCACUUUCUUAACCACAGUCAGGCCUGUCUCAUUCUGAAACCUCUCUCUUUCAAUCAGUGUUAAAUUUUUCUCUAAAACCUUAGUUUUUAGCUUGUUCAAUUUAAAUCCUGCCACUUGACCAAAUUCUUGAAUUAAUUCUAAAACCCUUUUAGUACUAGAUUCUGGCUCCUGUAACGUCAAUACUAAGUCAUCUGCAAAUGCUCUCAGUUUGUACUGUUUGGCUCCGACCUGUAUACCUUUAACCAACCGGUCCCUUCUAAUCAUAUUCAGCAGAACCUCCAGGACCGAUAUAAAAAGCAGUGGGGAGAUUGGGCACCCCUGUCGUGUCCCUUUUUCUAUCUUAAAUUCUUCCGUCACCACAUUAUUUACAAUUAAUUUAGCCUUUUGUUCAGAGUAUAUUGCACCUAUACCAUUUUCAAAACCUUGGCCUACCCCCAUCCCCUGUAGGUUCUUCUUCAUGAAGCUCCAAGAGAUAUUGUCAAAAGCUUUCUCCGCAUCCACAAAUAUCAGAACUGCUUUAGUGUUUAUAUUCACUUCUAGUUUUUCCAAAAUAUCAAUUAUAUUCCUCAAAUUAUCAGACAAGUGUCUUCCCGGGAGAAAGCCCGCUUGGUCUUUAUGAAUCUCUUCCAUCAAUACUUUUUUCAAUCUCUUGGCCAAAAUGUCUGCAAAAAUUUUGUAAUCCACAUUAAGUAACGAUAUAGGGCGGUAGUUCUUAAGCUGAGUCUUUUCAGUCUCUGUUUUAGGUAUAAGUGUAAUGUACGCCUCUUUCCACGACUCUGGUGCCCUUUUCCCUUCCAAAAUUUCAUUGCAGACUUCCUUCAAAGGUUGCAAUAGCCACUCUUUCAAGGAUCUAUAAUAUCUAGAAGUCAGCCCAUCCGGUCCUGGAGAUUUGCCCAAUUGCAUGUUUUGAAUGGCACCUUCCACUUCCUGUUCAGAUAUUUUAUAGUUCAGCAUUAAUUUACUUUCUUGAGAAAUUUUUUGUAAUCCAUUUGUCUUCAAGAAUCGGUCUAUGUCCAUUUCUUUCUGUGGCCCUUGCGUGUAUAAUUGUUUAAAGUACCUCUGGAAACAGUUUCUAAUCUCAAUUGGGUUGUGUAUAUUCUUUCCUUCCACUUCUAAGUUUGUAAUAGUAUUUAAUUUUUGUCUUUUUUUCAUUUGCCAGGCCAACAAUUUCCCACAUUUAUUAGCUGAUUCAAAUGUUUUUGUCUCAUUUGUUUAAUUUUCCAUUCUAUUUCCUGAUUCAUCAUUUUCAUAUAUUGUACUUGAUAUAAUUUUAUUUCUCUCAGAAUCUCCUGCGACUUUGGUUUUGCUCUCAAUUUCUUCUCACUUUCUUUUAUUUUCUCCAAAAUUUUAUCUUUCUUCUCAUUCUGACUUCUCUUCUUUAUUGCAUUCUGUUGUAUCAGAAACCCUCUCAUGACCGCUUUGCUUGCGUCCCAGAUUACUCUUUUUCUACAUUGGUGUUCAUAUUUAUUUCAAAAUAGUCUCUCAAAGUUUUUUGGGCCUUUUUAUAUACUUCUUCAUCUCUAAAUAAGGUGUCAUUCAUCCUCCAUCUGAAGGAUCCGGUUGAUAUUUGUUUCAUCUCCAUCCUUACAGCGUUAUGGUCGGAGCAGGUUUUUGGGCAGAUUUCUACUUUCUUUAUCUUUGGUGCCAUUCCUCUAGUUAUCCAUAUUUGGUCAAUUCUAGUCCAUGUCAUCUUGGCUUCAGAAAAGAAGGUUCCCUCUCUUCCCAAAGGGUUCUUUACUCUCCAGAUAUCCACUAAGUCUAUAUUGUCUGUCAUCUCAAAAAAAUGUUUUCGGGAGUCUACCAUCCUUGGUAACUACCUGUCUUUGUACCUUAUCCAUGUUUGUAGAUACUACUCCAUUCAUGUCCCCCAUCAAAAUCAAAUUGUAAUCCAAAUAGUCCAGUAAGGUCUCGUGCAACUUUUUAAAGAAUUCAGAUUUCCCCUCAUUCGGUGCAUAAAUUCCUACUAUCAAGAAUUUCUCUCCUUGAACUUGAAUUUCAAUUGCCAAAAAUCUUCCUUGGUCAUCUUUAAAAAUUAAUUUCGGUGAUAGUCUCUCCUUUGCAUAUAUUACAACUCCUCUUUUUUAACUUUGUCGGAUGAGAUAAACUCCCGUCCCAAUCUUUUAUUAAUCAGUAGUUUCCUGUGUAGCCUUGUUAUAUGUGUUUCUUGUAAACAAAUCAAGUCCAAUUGUUCCUUUUUAGUAGAUGAAAAACACUUUUUCUCUUUCGAGGAGUUCAAACCAUUACAAUUCCAGCUUAACAGUUGCAGAGCCAUGAUGGGGUUACUUCACUUUACCUCCAACUGCACCAAGUGUCUGUUCUUGUUCUGUAGAUGGUGUCUCUUUCUCUGGGCCGUGCAAUCCAAAAGAUAAGUUUGCUAUGUCUAGUAUGCCUUUUGGCUCUUCUCCAGAUUCCGCUUCUUUCUGUAGGUCUUCUUCGUGAUCUUUCAAGAACCUGUCCUUAUCAUUAACUGAUCUUAUUUUUAUCUUUCUUCCUUUGUAUUUAAAGGAUAGGCCUUGAGGAAAUUCCCACCUGAAAAGAAUUCUAUUUCUUUUCAACAGGGCAACUAGGUCUCCGUAGUUAAACCUUAAGUCCAAAAGAUGUUUUGGAAUGUCCUUAAAUAUCACCACACUUGAGUCGUAAAUUUCCAAAGUCUUUUGAUAGUGCAAAUUCAAAAUUUUGUCUCUCUCUUCUUUUGUUCGAAGGGUAAUCAAGCAGUCCCUCACCUUGUUCCUGCUUUGUCCUCUUCCAAGUCUAAAUGCAUUCACUAUCUUAAAUUCUUCCUUCCCCAAGUCCUGUUGCCAAAAAUCUGUAAAUUCCUGUGUAAGAAAGUCAGCCAGGUUAUCUUUCUCCUGUUCUGGUACGGCCCUGAUUCUUAAAUUUCUUUGUCUCUCUUUCAAUUCAAUCAUAGACAAUGUCAAAUCGUGGUCCCCCAAUUUCUUAUAUACUGGUGGUAUCUUCUCUUGAAAAGCAGUGUAUCCAACCUUUUCUUCCAAGGAGCUCACACAGUUCUCCCCAUCCUCCUCCCACAUCCUACCUGUGAGGUAGGUUAUGCUCCAGGGUCAACCAGUUAGAGCUUCCGGGCUCCCUGGUCCUAGACCCACUUCACCACACUGACCCUCAAUUGUUAAUAAUUACGGUUGAUUAAUUGAUUGUAAUUAUUAUUAGUGAUAACAAAUGCAAAGUGAUUUCUCUUGUGUUGCAGGACUGUGUUUGGUGUGUGCAGUGGAGAUGGAGCCUAUCAAGCCAAGGACCAAGUAUGUCUGUACCUUCCCAGCCCCCUUUGCUUGCUGUGAUUUUAUGAUUCUAUGAAUAUGAGCUGUUCGUGGCCAAGGGCAGGCAUCCCCAGUCUGUACCCGGCAGAGCUUUUAGACUUUAGCUCCCAUCUUUGGGGAUGCUGGUUGGGGCUGAUGGGAGUUGGAGAGCAAAGCUGACACACUGUGUGCCACGCGGGACUCCCUGAAAUUCAUAGGCCCGGCUGUGGCCUGCCCAUCAUAACUGGCUUUUUGCCGGCAGUUAUUUCUAUGACUGUGAAAAAGGUAACACAGCUUGGCAUUUUUCCCCCCUCCCACCCUUUGGCAGGUCUUGCUUAAUUACAUGGGGAAUUGUCACCGUCCUUUGUGGAGCCUUCAUCUUUGGACAAAGCACGACGAUCGCUCUCAUGGAACUGUUAUACAAAGUCUAG